CUCUUUGUCUGAACUAUCGUGCUUAAGUGGUAGAUGGUAUAUAUUUUUUUAUACUUUGUUUUUAGAAAUCAAUGACUUCAUUUUAAUAUUCUUGAAUAAGUGUUUCAAAUGAUUUACUUACUGCAAGCUGUAUACUGUAACAACAAAAAUGAUACCAAAAGAAAAUAAUGUGUGAUAUCAAGAUACAUUUGCACGUACGAGACUUUGUUUUCAUUUUGUAAAUUGUGAGAGGAAUAUUUUAUUUAUUAACAAACCAUGUACUUUAUUUAUAACAAUUACUCUCUUCUGGUAUUUCAGAUACAUCGACGGCUGUCACAAUUUCUUGAAGAACUUUAUCCAUAUAAGAAGCCAUUAUGACCUCCCUUGUGAUAUUUUACCUUUUCUUGACUCCAUUAUUUCUUAAUGUUGGUAAGGUGCAACAAUGAAUCUUACAAUACAAUGCAUGAUUUGUUAUGGUAAAGCUGUUCUAGGAGACAUGUUGGAAAGAAAUGUUAUUCUCUUAGCCCCAUAGCAAAGUAUAGAAACAUUUAUGCUUUUUAUUUAUGCAUUCUAUGCAUUGAGAUCUUAUUUUUGUCUUGAGAAUAAAUGUCCUAAGAGUAAUAUUUGCUAUGCAUUUAUUGAUUAUUAAUUAUGUAUUAAUUGAGAAACGUUUUACCUGUGUGAAACCCUUUGACCCUGCAGACUACCCUACCUGAUGGCUUUUUUCUAGUGUAUAAUCACAUAAAAAGAUUAAUACAUUGAACACUUAUAUAAGUUAUGAAAAAAUAAAAAAAGUAUGUCACCUAACAUUUUAUAUUUAAUGUCAUGAUUAGUCCACACAGGAAAGCCCAUUACUGGCUCAUGACACUAGGACAAGUUAACAGGUAGCCUUGGUUGCCCCAUGCAAAUGGUGCAUCCUUAUAUGUCUAACGUUUGCGGAAUGUCACUUCUGAUUCAGAGUGUCCAUGUCACCUAGGCCACCUCGUUCUUGUACUUUCUGGAGUCCCAGGGGUGAUGUGAACCAAUCAGAAUAUAAAUUUACAUAUAUAUAAUAUAUCUCCUGUUUAGGUACUUAUUCAGUACCCUAUCAUGGUUUCUACCUUGGUACCCGAUUAGUGUGCUCCUUAAGUCUGUUUGUAUUUCUAGUUUUUACCUCGGCUAGUUAUUGGAAAUUUGAGUACCUCUGGAAUCUUUACUUGGCUUGUUUAUUGUAUUCCAAUCUAUCUUUAAUCCUGACCUUGGCUAGUUUCUGACUUUGUCUCUAUCUAUUUAAUAUGUUAAGACCAGCAACUCUAAGGCAUAGUAACACAUCUAAUAUUGUCCUCUAUCUGUUUAAUACAUCAAGUCUGGCAACUCAAAGGCCUGGUAAUAUGCCUAAUAUUAUCCAUCCUUCUUGGGUUUCCCAUUUCCUGCAAGUUUGGGUAAAUUCCCCAUGACAUAACCAUAAAAUCUGGAAUUCCCAAUUUAACAUUAAUCUCAAAACAUAUUAUUUUAGUUGUUACUCUGCAAACAUUAACGUGUACCCCUUCAAAGACAGAUAAUGUAAUUAUGCAUUUUUUAAUUUAAAUCCAUAAGCACAAUAUUACUAUGCAUGCUGAGCAGCAAAAACUGCUGCCCCUGAUUGUCUAUUGAUAAACACUGGAUUUUGCCUCAUCAAUUUCAUAAUUUUUAAUACAUGAACACAUGUCCCAAUGUUAAAGGACCACUAUAGGCACCCAGACCACUUCAGCUCAAUAAGGUGAUCUGGGUGCCAGGUCCCUCUAGUUUUAAUUCUGAAGCUGAAAACAUAGCUGAAAACAUGAGGGUUAAUUUAGCCCAGGGGUUCUCAAUGUUAGUCCUCAAGACCCCCUACCAGUCCAGGGUUUAGGGAUUACCUGGGUGUGUCUAAGGUGUUUAGAAAAUAAAAACAGUCUAAGUCUAAGGUGUUUUUUUCCUUUUUUCUAAACACCUGAGACACACCCAGGUAAUCCCCAAAUCCUGGACUGGUAGGGGGUCCUGAGGACUGGGUUGAGAACCCCUGAUCUAGCCUCUAGUGGCUGUCUCACUAAUAGCCACUAGAGGCUCUUCAGCGAUUCUCACUGUGAAAAUCACAGUGAGAAGAUGCUGGACGCCCAUAGGAAAGCAUUGAGUAAUGCUUUCCUAUGGGCGGUUUGACUGCGUACGCGGCUCUUAUUACGCAUGCGCAUUCGGAGCUGACGUCGGCAGAGGGAGGAGAGUUCCCCAGCGCAGAGGGAGCACGGUGCUGGAGAAAGGUAAGUGGCUUUCUCCAGCGCCAGGCUCCCGAGUUUGUUUUCCUGGCACUAUAGUGCUCCUUUAAAUUAUAUAGGUAAAAUAAUUAAUUUAAUAACUAAUAAUUGUUUAACACUUUAUAAUUGCUGUGAGACAAUACAAACUUAAUUGUUGCUUGAUACAUUUAUGUUGUUAACUAUCUGCAUUAGCAAGUGUGUAGUUUUCAACUGAGAUGUACAAAGUUUAAAGUUAACUAACUUUACUCUGUUACUCUGUUACUAUAAUCUACUCAAGCUGUGCUUACAAAUAUCAAAGUUUCUUCCGUUAUGAUGGAAAAUCCACCCGAAGAUACUACUAGUACCAUGGCCUAAAGAGAACAUUAACUAAACAUCCACUAAAUUGACAUAUUAUUUUAGAUUUGAAAAUAACACGAUGUAGAUUUUAUUAUGCAAACAUAAUAAUAAUAAUAUAACAAAGAAAUUACGUAAAAUGUCCUGAAUGCAAGCCAGACAGGGGAGCAUUCAAACAAAGACGUAACAGCUGUUACAAUACAAGUUAUGGAUGGAAUAAAUAGCAAACUAUCAUCAUUAAUAGCUGUUAAUACAUUAUCCUUCAAUAAUCUGUUUUCUGAGCACAUACUGAUACUUUGCUUAAUCUUAUUGUAACCACUUUCCUAAUAUUAUGGUGUGAUAUGAUUGCAUAUUACUUUUCCAGGAAUGUAUCACUAUUUUGAUAUAUAUGCACAAUGAUGAUGUCGAGUUUGUGAUGUCUUUAUAUCCUGAAUUUAAACAGACAUAAAAAUUGGUGAGAGCACACAAAUAUACAAUUUUACCAUUGACUGUACAAAGGUAUAAACCUAGAAAGAAAAAAAAACCCAUAGGGUAAUAUAAUAUGUGCAAGGAAAACAUAAGACAUACAAAUGGUCCCACUCACAUAAUGCUGAGCCAUUCAGAUAGCUGGCUCAAACUUAAGAGCCUUGAAUGGAAAACAGAGGUGGACAUUUCUUGAGAUCGGCUGAAUCUUUUUUUGCCCAGCUAUGUGUGAGAGUUUUCAAUUUAAAUUAACUCUGGUCUAGAUAAGUUUAACUAUAUAACAAAAAUUCACAGAUUUUACUAUUAACAUGACGUAAAGUCAUGAUUUUAUUAGAGACACAGAGGCGAGUAUUAUGCAUAACUCUUUCUUUAUUCCCUCAGCAGCAAAGAUAGAGGAAUAUAACUAUUAUCAAAAUGAAAGAAAACACUGUAUAGGCACACAGGCAACCAAUCAUAUAACAGAGGAAGUGACUAUAAAAGGUCUGUGUCUCCCACAAUCCCCCUCUUUCUUGCGAAAACCGAAGACCAGAAAACAUGAACGACAUCCCACUUAGCAAGAACAGGAAACAGGAACAAAUCGAUAACUUCAAACUAAAAGAGAAAGAGAAAUAUGGUAAUAACCGAACUUCAAACUGAAGACUUACGAAACAAUUAUGUCGAUUGCCACUCAGGAAUUGAAACCUGUAAUACAGAAUAUAUGAUUAAUAUAGAAUCGUAUACAACCAAAACAUCAAUGAGUAAGUAUAAUUCCAUACGCAUUACGCAGUAAACAGACCAGAUUGCAACAUACCUGAAAAGUCCAACAGCAUCUCAUCCAGUAACCCAACACCGGGAGGGUGGGUGGGAAUAAUACUCGCCUCCGUGUCUUUAAUAAAAUCAUGACUUUACGUCAUGUUAAUAGUAAAAUCUGGGAAUUUUAUUAAAGACACGGAGGCUCGUAUUAUGCGAGUUUAAAGCUGCGCUAUUACUUGAGAUGUGAUGUGCUCAAUUGGUCUGAAAUAGAAGUUACGGAAGGUUGAUUCCCGAGACCAAUCUGCCGCUCGCAUAAUGCCCUCUAGACUACAGCCGACUGCAGAAGCCUUCAAAGCCAUAGCACCACGUACUGAAUGAAGGGUGAAGAUAGAAGUGUCAAUUCCAGCUAAAGAUAGAAGCCAGCGCACCCAACGUGCAAGAGUCGGGGUCGAUACAGGUCGGUAAGGAGACCUAAAUGAAACGAAUAACGGAUGCAAAUCCAACGAACGAAGAGAUCGCAUAGCAUCCAGACAAGCCUUCAGACAAUCCACAGGACAGAGUGCUGGACUCCCUGAGAAUCUAGGGUACACAAAUGACUUGGAUGCUGUCAAGGGCCCUGACGUCAGACACUCUUUUACACGAAAUCAAGCAGAGUAGCAUCACUAACUUAGAGGAUAACUGUUUAAAGGGACACUAUAGUCACCUAAAUUACUUUAGCUAAAUAAAGCAGUUUUAGAGUAUAGAUCAUUCCCCUACAAUUUCACUGCUCAAUUCACUGUCAUUUAGGAGUUAAAUCACUUUGUUUCUGUUUAUGCAGCCCUAGCCACACCUCCCCUGGCUAUGAUUGACAGAGCCUGCAUGAAAAAAAAACUGGUUUCACUUUCAAACAGAUGUAAUUUACCUUAAAUAAUUGUAUCUCAAUCUCUAAAUUAAACUUUAAUCACAUACAGGAGGCUCUUGCAGGGUCUAGCAAGCUAUUAACAUAGCAGGGGAUAAGAAAAUCUUAAUUAAACAGAACUUGCAAUAAAGAAAGCCUAAAUAGGGCUCUCUUUACAGGAAGUGUUUAUGGAAGGCUGUGCAAGUCACAUGCAGGUGUGACUAGGGUUCAUAAACAAAUGGAUUUAACUCAUAAAUGGCAGAGGAUUGAGCAGUGAGGCUGCAGGGGCAUGUUCUAUACACCAAAACUGCUUCAUUAAGCUAAAGUUGUUCAGGUGACUAUAAUGUCCCUUUAAGUGUCAGUCCUUGGUUAGGGUACCAUGACGAUAAAAACUGCAACAUCACGUUUACGUCCCAGAAGGCAGAGAAACGAGGCCUAGGUGGGCGAGCGAGGCAAAUACCCUUGAGAAGGCGACAUACAAAAGGAUGUGUGCUGAUGGGUUACCCAAUCCACACCCUUAUGGCCUGCCGAAAUAGCUGAACGGAAAAGGUUGAUAGUGUCAUAAGCUUUGCCCGAAUCGAACAUGAGAGUGAAGAACUCUAAGAUCAAAUGGAGAGGUGCCGAUACAGGAUCCACUGACCGUCCCAUGCACCAACUAGACCACGAACUCCAUGAAGAUCGGUAGGCUGCUCUUGUACCUGGAGCCCAUGCGUUAUCGAGGAGUAGGAGAGUCAAUUGCGAAACGUUUGGGACAUCCCAAGGUCCCCGGAAAGGUGCCACGCCAUCAGAGGCAGCUGGCCUCGUAACACCAGUCCGUGCGAGUUCCCAUCUGGAUCCAGAACGAGUUCUUGGAAACUCGGGAUCAACCGUGGAUAAUCUAUCUAUCUAACUCCAGCAGUCGCGGGAACCACGGUUGAGACCUCCACAGAGGGGCGAUCAAUGUCAGAGAACAAUCGUGAUGGACCAGUUUCGCGAUCGUGCAAGCAAUCAUGUUGAAUGGGGGAAAGGCAUACAGGCGUCCUGUCUGUCGCCACUGCAUCUGGGUCUGGCCUCCAACUGUAAAAGUCCGGUAACUGAGUGUUCAGGCGGAAUGCGAACAAGUCAUGAACCGUGUAAGUGCCAAUCUCCAGAGUCUCGUAAAUGUCUGGAGUUCCAAUCCGCACUCGAAUUGUCCAGACCUGGGAUGUGUUCCGCUAUCACGGAGACAUUGUUGUAUAGACAAAACUGUCAGAAAUCUUAAGCUAAAAGAGCCAACAUCUUGGAUUUGGUUCCCCCCAGGUGGUUUAUAUAACGUACCGCCGACAAAUUGUCCAUCUUGAGGAGAACGCAGCAAUCUGCUCGGCCCGGAGUAAGGCUGCGAAUUGCGAAGGCACCCGCCAAGAGUUCUAGGCAGUUGAUAGCAGUCUAGCUCGGACCAUCUGCCGCCUGUGGAAAUGUUGCCACAACGUGUCCCCCAACUGUUUAAACUGGCGUCGGAUUCGAUCACCACGUCUGGUAUGGAUCCAAAUAUUGCUAGCCCGUUCCAAGCUUCCAUGUGGGCCAACCACCACACCAGCUCGUCUCUGGAUUCGUUGUCCAGCUGUAUCCUGUAGUCGCAUGAAUGACCUGAAUGGAGGUGCGAACCUUUGAGUCGCUGGAGGCCCGGUAGUUCAAUGGUCCUGGAAAGAUCGCCUGAAUGGAGGCCGCAAGGAGCCCGAUAAUCCUCGCCAAUUGCCUGACUGACAAGUCUGAUACCCGAAGGGUAGAAACAGGAAUUGUUGGACGGAAUCCACUUUGAACCCCAAGAACUCUACCGACUGAGCCGGGGUCAGGAUUGACUUGUCCCAGUUGAUCACGCGUAUGGAGGAAUAUCAACACCGGUCUCAUGAUCUUGGUGAAGCACCAAGGAGCUGAGGAUAGACCGAAUGGUAGACAUGUAAAACGCCACCGUCUCCCAUGCCAGGUGAAGUGGAGGUAGUCUCUGUGUUCCAUCGCGAUGGGGACCGUGAAAUAUGCGUCCUUCAGAUCUAGCUUGGCCAUCCAAUCCAACGCACGGAGGAGGUCUCUGAGGCAAUGUAUGCCCUCCAUCUGAAAAUGCUGGUACCAGGGGAACGCGUUGAGGGGUCGGACACCACCCCCUUUCUUUGGUACCAGGAAAAGGUUGCUCAUAAAGCCUGGGGCAGUAAGCGGCAACUCCUCCGUUGUGCCUUUUGACAACAUCUCCCUGAUUUCCGCAGAAAUCAUCUCCUCCUGUUCUGAGGGAAGGGACAGUUCUCUGGGGACAGACAAUUGGACAGGCAGAGAUACAAACUCGAGGUGAUAACCCUGUACUGACUGUAACACCCAAGCAUCCGAGGUCACAGCUGCCCACCCUUGGCAGAUUAAGGCCAACCUUCCCGCCACCCGUACUUGAGCGAGAAGGGAAGAAUGGGUACUCACCAUAAGGACGUCUGUCCGAAGUGGCACCACGGGGGUAUCUGGAACCCCAUGACCUCCCUCUAGCUGGGAAGAAGGGAGGAGCUCUCAGAUCCUGGAAGCCCCGGGAGGGGAAAAAGGAACCUCUGUUGGCUCGGAAUGAGCCCCGGAAUCCACGGCCGGGUGGAUGGUUCCUACUACGCCCGGCCCCUCCGAAAACCUUAGGUGCAAACAUGCGCUUCAUAUUGGCCUGGGCUUUAUCAAUGACCAUAAAGGUUUUAACGUAGGACCCCAGGUCCUUCACGAAGGUAUCACCAAAUAACAUCCCAUCGUUGGAUAAACUCGGUUCCGCCACCGUCAUGGCAGCCAGUUUGGGGUUGAUUUUCAGCAAAAUCGCUUUACGUCUUUCUGCUGACAUAGCGGUAGUCGCAUUCCCCAGAAGACAAACAGCCCGCUGGACCCAUCCUAUGGCCACAUCGACAUCCAGGACUGAGUCGCCAGCUCUAGCGGCAUCCAGAAGCUCAUAUAGCUUCGACAAAGGGCCCAGGGUAUCCAAAACUUUAUCCUGGCAACCCUUUAGGGAAUAAUCCAGGCCCUUUUUAGGUUUCCAGCCCGACUUGUUUAAAAAUUGCGCGAUCUGGGAAUCAAUCUCAGGGGUCUUGCAGGCCGAGCCUGGCAGGGAAAGCCUGAGGCAUUCAGUGCAUAAUUUAUUGCGGCCCUCCUUAGAAAGGGGGGUGCGCAUGUGUUGUGCAACCUAUUGGGCAAUAUGCCCUGGGGGUUCCCACUCGGCUGACCGGGGGUGACGCAGGUCAUUUGGGUCGAACAGGGGGUUGCCCUGCGGAUCAAACAGUGCCGCACCUGCCAGGUAGAAGACCUCAUGUAGUGGUAGAGGUCCCAGAAGGGGUAACACCCGUAUGGGGUAAAUCCUCACCUGACUCAACCUCAUCGUAAGAGGCAUAUUCUAGCACGUCCGAGUCAGCCUCCGCACUCCGGUCGGUUCCGACCCUACCUCAUGGGCCCUAGCCCGUUUCCAUAGUCUAGCCUUUUUAGCUCGGCCAGGGGCUCUUUUGCGCGUAGGAGGCGUGCUAUCUGUGACCGCCUCAGGCUUGUCCAUCAUGGCAGGUAGAACCUGCAUUGAGGAGUGGGAGUCGAUGUGCUUAGCCUUUGCCAGCGCCUUACGGGCACCAGGCAAGGCAGGGGCAGGUGGGGGGUCCGGGCACCCAGGGGGGCAAGGGCCGCCAGAGAGGGUAACAACAUGGCUUGAAAGGACUGGGUGAACGAUGUGGACACCGUUCCCAUGGCAGAUGCAAAAGCCUUCUGCAAGGAUGAGGCCAUAGUGGCAUCCAAUAAGGCUUGAAAUUCUUGGGAGGCUACAGUACCUUCAGGGUCAUCCUGGGUGUAGGCCUCUGCAAGGCCCUCAGGCCCCUCAUCCUUAUCUUGCAUACUAAAGCCAAAGAAAUAUCUGAACACUAGUGGAAAAGGAAACAGCAGGGUUGAGUAACCCACAGCAGCAAUUAUUAAACCACAAACAACCUGACCAUAGGUGUGCCCAGGGAUACUAGCGGUCUGCAAACCGAGCAGUGAUCUGAUCAAGAGCCACAGAGAGCAGAGAGACCAGCCGCGAGCAACCUCCACCCAGAAAAUGGUCGCCGCACAUGGGAGCCGGGCAGAGCCUGCUCGCUGUCAGAGAACAGGCGGGGGAAGGGGCACGUACACAGCGCCUGUGCGGGCCCCGCGAGAGUGAGGAUGGGCCGCGGUCGGUAGCGAGCCGCGGAAAAAGAAGCACCCGUGGUCCGCGUACCACCCAGAAAAGGGUGCAGACGCCACAGGGAGGCAAGGGGAGAACCGCAGGCCCAAAGGGGAUCCCCAAUAGGCACACCAAGUGAAACACAACAGGAAUAUAUAAAAUAAAGAGCAGUGUACAAUUAAUAAACUCAAUGCAAAUGACCAAGAUACAGAAAUAGCAAGGAAUAUAUAAAUCACAUGAGGAGCAAAAAUAUACUUAGCUGGUCUGAGGGAGCAGCAAAGAAAGAGGGGGAUUGUGGGAGACACAUACCUUUUAUAGUCACUUCCUCUGUUAUGUGAUUGGUUGCCUGUGUGCCUAUACAGUUUUUUUCUUUCAUUUUGAUAAUAUUUAUAUUCCUCUAUCUUUGCUGCUGAGGGAAUAAAGAGAGUUAUGCAUAAUAUGAGCCUCCAUGUCUUUAAUAAAAUUAUGGUUAGAAAUUCACCAAUAUUCUAGUUAAUCUAAAUUCUAUAUAUAAAUAUCUGGUCAACUCAAAUUUAAUUCAUUGACAAACAUUAUCCCAGAGGUUUGUUGAACAAUACUAGGAAUCUUGUAAGUGAACAGAGGAUGAAUCCAGGGUAGAGGAUAAAUAGACCUAUAAGGAAUGCUAUGUGGGAUUUUUAAUUUAGAUUUCGAAAACACAGUUUAAUCGUAAGUCUACAUGGAUUGAAAAAGUAAUUAAUAAGUGCUGGCCAAUUUUAUUGCAGGAUUAAGUAUUGAAAUAAAUCUCACCUAAAAAACCUAUGGUUAAUUAUAAAAAGCAAAAAAAUUUAAAUCCUAUUUUGAGUCUUUUACCCCCAAUUGAAAGACCCUGGGUAUUUUCCAAAACCCACAGGCUUUUAGAAAUGUGGCCAUUGUAAAAUGUGCAAACACUUACCAAGGUCAACUAAAGAAGUAGUACUAGAACAGGAAAAACUUUUGAUAUUUAACAUUUCAUAAAUUUCUCUACAAAAAAAAGUUAAUUUAUUUACUCCUUGCCUUGUGUGGGGCACAAUAUGUAGGGAGUAACAAAAUAUGCAUUUUAGAACAUUGACUAGCCAUAGCAAAUAAGGACAUUAAGCAUAGUGUUCCGAGGCACUGCAACAAUUGUGCCCUCUUUGUUCCUAAUUUUUUUUUUUUUUUUAUGUAUAGGGAUAGAUCUUGUUAGGAAUGAUAUACAAAAAGGGAAUUUGGUUAAAAAAAAAUGUGUGUCAACUUGAAACUAUGUGGCUAUAUAAAUUAAAAAUAUUUGGUAACACUCUGGGAUUAAUACUGGAGAUUGGUUGAAUAGUAGGUCCACCCAAGGUGGACCGCCUGGAAGAGUAGUAUAUAUGAAACACAUGUGGGAGUAUACUUUACAUUUUUGGUUGGGUUUAUAAGCCAGAGCUACUGACAAUACAUACAAGCUCUUUCUUGAUAAAGUCCUAAUGACAAAACCGGUCACACUGUGGAGCAAUUUGGAGGCCUGAUUCAUUCCAGUUUGGACAUCUUCCAGUGUACAGGAGUAAGGAGCCUUCCCCCACUGUAAUGGAUCUUUAACCAACACAAAGACGAGGGAAGACCACUGGACAUUCCACUGGGGACAUUGAACAGCCAGAUGUCUAUUUUAUCUUUCUACUUGCCCUUUUGCACUUUUAGUAGAUUUAUUUUUGUGAGUACAAUAUUAUCAUUAAUGUUUUUAUUGUUAUGUGUGAUUUUACACGAUGUUAAAUUUGUAUGUUUUUCAGUGAUUAAAGUUUGAGAAGAUUCACUUCACACCUGGAUCAUUGGAUACCUGUAUUUGUUUUGAAGAUCCAUAAUUGUGGAUGUAAGCUUAUUAGUAAUAUUAUUUUGGUGUUUUUUUACACAUACAUGAUAUACCACACCAUUUUGUUGUCUGUUUUUCAACUCAAAUUUAAUGCCUGAAUGCCUGAUUUAGAUUCUAUUUAGAUCCACUUUAAAACAUGUGAUGGGGACGAUCUAUCAGUGAUUUCCUUUCAUUGUAUAAAACAUGUAAAUUAGGCCCUAGCAGAGGCAAUUUGCAGAAAAUGUUUAUAAAAAAUUAAAUGUAUUGGAUCUUCACCCUUUAAACUUGGACCCGCAACUGAAUAAAUUUAUAAUGGGAACUAAAUCAGAUAUUCAUGCAUUAAAUUUGUGUUGACCAGAUACUUAUAUAUAGAAUUCGGGUUCUUUUCUAUGUGAUUGAGCCCUUGUUUUUCAAUUUUAGAGCUCUCCGCGCUGUUCUGGGUACUCACCCUCCUGGGGGAUUAUUGCAACUUGUGGGUAUACGGUGGUUUAUGUAUCCCUUUCAGACAUGUCUGUCCUACGCUGGUUGUCAUGACAAUCAGAUGCAGAAAACUUAUAGACAUUGGCUUGUACUCUUGGGUAUGCCCUCUUUCCACCUACAAGGGCAUGUUUUUGGGGCAUUUUAAAGCAAACUAGAGGCUCUUGGAGAUGAAUCCCUUAACAAAGGCUGUGCAUCAAAAUGUUGGUAUUUCCUGCCCCUCUGUCACCUACUUGAGGUAUUAUAGUAUUAUUUGACCAACAACAUUUAUAUUUAGCUGCAGUUUGUCUUUUGGUUUUAAUUUUGCUCUAUUUAUGGUAUUAUUGAUUAUUAUUUUGAUCCAGAUGCUGGUUGUGUACAAUAUAUGGAUAUACUGUUUGGGUAAGAUGUAUUACUUUGUCAUGAUUUAUUAUUGAUUGCCUUAAAGGAUCACUAUAGUGUCAGGAAAACAAAGUGGUUUCCUGACACUACAGUGACCCCAGAGUGCCCCCACCCUUAGGGUCCCCCUCCCGUGGCGCUGAAGGGGUUAAAACCUCUUCAGCCACUUACCUUAAUCCAGCACAAGGCUCCCUCGGGGCUGGUGACCUCUCCUCUCUGUCCGACGUCAGCUCCCCCAUCCGGCGUCACUGGAGCCGAAUGCGCAUGCGCGGCAAGUGCCGAGUGAGCAUUCAAAGUGUCCAUAGGAAAGCAUUUCUCAAUGCUUUCCUAUGGACACUCUGCGCGAAAGAGGCAAAAUUGGCCUCCAGUGUCGCAGAUGCGCCUCUAGUGGCUGUCCGGAAGACAGCCACUAGAGGCUGGAUUAACCCCAAAUGUAAACAUAGCAGUUUCUGUAAAACUGUUAUGUUUACAUGUGAAGGGUUAAAUCCUGAGGGACCUGGCACCCAGACCACUUCAUUGAGCUGAAGUGGUCUGGGUGACUAUAGUGUCCCUUUAAAUAAUAAAGCUGUUUGGAUUACUAUAUGGAGUGCUGCAGUAUAAAAUUAUUUGUGAAAACCUUAGUCUGUCACAUAUAAAAUUAGUCACACCCACAAAUGCAGUACAGAAAUUUUGGCUGUCUCUCACUGCACGAGCGAUAAAGCAAACCCAAUGAGCCUCGGCUGUGAGGUGUAACUGAUAGCCCUCUACGACCCAUGUGCAGGGGUCCAUCUUGAUUACCAAUCUAGCUUAGGGAGACCCUAAGCAAAUGCACUGAAAUAAAAACAAAGAAUAUAUGAGAAUGGUGUGUCUUUACCAUGGCGCUUUAAAAUUUAGUUUCUCAUAUUUGUAGAUUUGCUGCAAGUUUUUUUUAUACUAUUUAAGUGUUCCCUAUUGCAGAUAUUUCCCCUUGUUCAUCCUACAGUUUUCUCUCUUCCUUGUCAAGAUAUUGUAACAUUAUACUUCAUUAUUGAUUGGUUUUGAGGAUAACAUUAGUUUGUUUAGUCGAAUCACUUUUUUUCUGAAAAUAAAAAUUGAUGGCCAAGUUUCAGAACAAAACAAAUCUCCACGUUGAGAAUUCAUACUGCAUUGUGAAAUAUCAUUAAAGCGGCACUGUCAUGGCCGAAUCCCGUUUUUUGUUUUUUUUUAAGCCCCCUCCGGCCUCCACUACAUCUAACUGACCCCGUAGUCACCCCCAAAUGCCCUUAAAACCCCCAGAUUACCUAUUUUUUUUAUUUUUAUUUCUGCCCCGAUCUAUAUUCAGGGUGCCACCAUCUUUGUGUGGGUAGAGGAAGUCCCUGUGGGACACGUCAUCUGCCCACACUAGACAGACUGUGAAACACCUGGGCAUGCGAACGGGAAUUUCAUCUAUUCAUUCAUUAAUUCGUCAGAAAGCUGAAUGAAUGAAUAGCAUUGUCAGACUGAAUAUCAGUGUUCGUUUGUACGUGCAGUUUAUUACAAGGAGGGAGCUACCGGCGCGCAGCUCCCUCCUUGUAAUAUGUAAAGAUAUAAGCGGCAGGGAGCAGUGCUCCCCACCACUUCCUAAGCCCCCCAUGUCCUUCCUCACUCUAUGGGGGUCAAUAUGACCCCCAUAAUAGCAUAAGGGAGAUUCAAAUCUCCAAAAUGCCUCUACUCGCUAUACCGCAUGCCUGUGGCUGCUCACUGUAAAAAAAAAAAAACAACCUACUAUCCUACUGCGCGGCGGGUGGGGGCCUUAAAUAACAAUAAGGGGGGGGACCUACUGUCCUCCCCCCAGCCUCCACCCACCGCACAGGGGUGGGGGCUGGAUAGUAGGGCCAUAAAGAUAAUGAGGGGGGACCUACUGUCCUCCCCCCGGUCCCCACCCCUGUGCGGUGGGUUGGGGCCAUAAAUUACAAUGGGGGGACCUACUGUCCUCCCCCCCCUGGCCCCCACCCUUGAGCGGUGGGUGGGGGCCAUAAAUCUUUUACUCUGAUUGGCUUAAACCAGCCUAUCAGAGUGUUCUUAGCCUAAUUGCAGGUCGGGGCAAGGCUUUAUAAGCAGUGCUCCCCACCACUUCCUAAGCCCCCCAUGUCCUUCCUCACUCUAUGGGGGCCACUGGCUGCUCACUGCUUACUAGACAUGCCCCUACUCGCGGUAUAGCGAGUAGGGGCAGAUCAUUUACUAAUACUAAGUAAUCUUUACUUAUUAUCAGUAAAGUUGUCUGAAAGACCAAUUUAGGUCUUUCAGCCUUUUGGUAGAUAACUCCCUGAUACCGUGGGAAUUAGGGAGUUAUCUACUAAGCAGCUGCAAGAUGCAGCCACAGCACGAAUUGAAUCGGAGUUUCAUUCAUUCGAAUGAAAUUCUGAUACGAACAAAGUGCCGAAUUGAGUUCUAAAAGAAACGAACAUACUGUUCUCAUUCAGUUAGAACGCAAUUCGUCAGUUUCGUCUAAAAUGACAGGAAGCAUCGCGAGAUCACAGAGGAAAGGUAAGAAUUAUGGGAAAAUUGCUCUGACCAGCGGAAAUUAAGCACACUUUGCUCCUCAGCUGGUCAAAGCUGGUCAAGCGGAGGAAACCUCCAUAAGGCAAAGAGUCCCUACUCUGUCUUAUGAUUUUAAAGAAAAACUAAAGAAGACAGGAAGAAAAGAAGAACAGAUCCUGAGAGAGGGGGAGAAGAGGAAGAGAUUGAGGAAAGGUAAGUUUGGCAUGACAGUUUCCAGCUUUAAUAUGGUAUAUCACAUUUUACAUGUAACAAUUUAUAGAAUAUAAGGCAUGUUUGAUUGCAAGUUUUUGUUUAUUUUGUAUUACUUUAUGAUUCUGCAUAGAUUGAUGCAGCCUCACUUUUUCUUAUGACCGAUUGGUUUCAUUGCCAUACAUUUCCAACUCCUUGACUGGUAUAGUGUAUUUCUUAACAAAAUAUAAAUCAAUAAAUUUACCAGUCGCAUCUGAGUCAACCAGGGUUUUGCAUGAAAAGUUAUUUUCAUUGCAAAAGGUGGAAAUCUGCUUCGGGAAUUGCUUGAGGACCUAACCAUUACACCUGUCCCCUUAAGGUGCGGAAGUUUUCCGGACGUAUAGGACAAGCAUCUCUCAUGAGUCCUUUUAUGCCACAAUAUAAGCAAAGACCCUCUUUUCUCCUAUACUGUUUCUCUGCCUCAGACAGUCCAGUAACUCCUAACUGAAUAGGUUCGGGUUCAGACAGCGUCGGAAGGCCAGAGACAAGAAGUUUGGAGAAACGAGGUGAUAGUGACAUAGUCAAACGUCUAGUUCUGUUUCUAGCAAUUUCCCUGCUCCUGAGUUUAUUAUCGAUCUGCAUCACAUAAGUAAAAAAGUCAUUUAACCCCUUAGGUAGGUCUUUGGCCACAAUUUCGUCAAGAAUAUUCUCGAAUAAUCCUUUUUUAAAAGCAACGAUUAAUCUGUUAUUAGUCCGGUCUACCUCAGAUGCCAAAGUAGGAAAUUCUAUGGCAUAAUCUGAGAUAGACUGGUUCCCUUGUUUGAUAUGCAUGAAGAUAAUAAUAAUAAAACCUUGGGUAGACAAAGCUUUUCACCUUUCUUCCACAUCUUAUCAGCGUCCUGAUAUGCUGCUCCCAGCUUCUUCCAUUGUUCUUGUUCUUUUGUGCUUGCCUGCUUCUGUAGGCUUUGCAGUAUGUCAUAUGAAACAGAUUGGGCUAAUGUCAUAGUCUGUAAAGGAGUUUUACCUGCAAGGUAUGGUAGCUUGGCAGCCUGCUUAGCCGCACAUCAGCUCUGUGAUUACCUCGGGAUGCUUCAUCUUUGAUCUUCACGUGAGCUGCCACCUUGAUGAUUUCCACAUGCUUGGGUGAAAGGAUAGCGUCCAUUAGGGCACUCACGGCUUCUGAGUUCUUGAUGCGGGUUCGUGCUGAUGUAAGAAAAUCUCAGGCCUGCCAAAGAGGUCCAAAGUCAUGGGCUAUGCCAAAGGCGUACCGAGAGUCAGUAUAGAUAUUAGCAUUCUUACCUGAGGCCAGUUUACACACUUCAGUGAGAGCCUUUAGCUCGGCCUCCUAUGCAGAGCACUAAGGAGCGAGUGGUUCUGCUUUAAUUACCUAGUGUGCAGAGACAACAGCAUCUCCAUUAUGGAAAUUACCUUUCUCAUCAGCAAAUCGAGAACCAUCUACAAAAUACUCAAAGUCUGGAUUAGAUAACGGUGAAUCAGUGACAUGCGAAAAACCAUCCUGAGCCAUUAAGGCUGCACAGUCAUGAGGUACCUGGGCAACAAGUUAGUAAAGACAGGGUGUGCUUUGUACAUGACUCCUGGUCUGGGCAACAUAGAAGCAAAUCAUCAACAUAUUGUAACAACAUAACAUCAUGUGCCCUUAGCCAAGCUCCUAGAAUUUGGGCCAUUGCCAUGCUUUACAUGGCAGGCGAAUUCUGAACAACCUGAGGCAGCACCGUCCAUGUGUAAUGUUUGUGCUUGUGUGUGAAUGCAAAAAGGUAUUGACUGUCUGGGUGCAAUGGUACAGAAAAGAAUGCGUUUGCCAGGUCAAUGACAGUAAAACCCUCAGAUGAAGGUGGAAUUUGUGAUAGCAAUGUAUGAGGGUUGGGAACAUUAGGCGCAAUCAAUUCAGUUACAGCAUUAACAGCUCUUAAAUCAUGCACCAUGCGAUAUACCACUGGCUUGCCUUUCUCCUGUUUCUUUUUAACAGGGUACAGAGGAGUACUGCAGGUACAAUUAUUCCAGCCUGCAAUAACUAUUGGAUGGAUUGAGUGGGCUGAGAGGCAAGGUGGGGUGGCAUUCGGCAACAACUUAACCUGUACAGGAGGGACAGCAAGUCAUCCGGUAUCUGUCUUUCCCUGUGCCCAGAAGGAGUCAGGGACUGUUGUCAAGUCAAGAGUAGGUUCUGUCAUAGGGCUGGGAUCUCAUGAAUACAGUUGGAUCGCCAUGGGGUUAAACAAUAGCAAGGGCAGAUGGGAGAUUAAGGAGGGACAAAGCAUCCAGUUUGAACUGGUCUGGCAGUGUCCCUGGGACAAUGCCCUGCUGGAGAACAAUAGGACAGGAAAAAGGGGGAGGAGAAGAUGCACAUUUUCCCAUUUAAGUAAUUUUUUUUUAGCCUGUCUUUUUGCAGGGCCCAUAAUCCUGGGGCAAAAGGCUGGCAAACAGGCCCCUCCAAACCCCAGUUGAUAGGUUAUUUUUGCCACAGUUGGCAUUUAUGGUGGAUACAAUAUUGCUGCCAAGUAGAUUUACAGGAGCAGUAGGACUGAGAAGCAAUUUAGUGACCAAGGCAGUCGAGUUAUGAAGCAUAAAUUUCAUUUGGUAAGACAAAGGAAUGUCAGUCGGAGUCCCAUUGACUCCCACACAUGUUAAUACAUCAUUUGAUUUUUCAUAAGGAAAAACAUAUUUUUCCUGCACAAGGGAUUGGACUGCCCCAGUGUCUAAAAGAAAGGGUGUUUUUCUGUUAGCGGGCAAGGUAACAUUUACAAUAGGUGUAGAACCUGAGCCAUUAGAUACAACAAUAGAGUGCAGGUACACUGGGUUGUCACUGUUCUAUGGGGCAGCAGAAGGAUUUGUAUUCUGAGGAAUCUGAUCCUGGCUAGGAUUAUGAGCUGAAUUGCUGAUGCUGCUGAUUUUGUCUAGGCGGGCAGCGGCAGUUUCUCCUGAUGUGUCUUAUUUUAUUGCAAUUUCAGCAUACAGGACCUGUAUGCUGAAAUUGCUGCUGGCUCUGAUUUGAACGGUGAGGGCUCCUAGACAUCCUAAGUAUGGUUCUGCACUAUAACUUCUCUUAACCUCUCUGUCAUUCCUACUUCCUAAUUAUAUCUGGUAGUUUCUGGAGGGGUCAUAGACAUUUAAGCAUUAGAGUUUAUAUUUAUUAGUCUCUAUAUUGCCCACUCCUUGAGCUAUCAGUUUACUAAUUUGAGUCUCUACACUUUACUAUUUUGGAGAACUUCUUGUCCACGUUUAUAUUGAGCAUUCAUCUAGUAUAACCAGAUAUACUGGCCACUUUAUGUCUAACUAGGAUAGCUACAAUGUUUUCACUGUGUAGCUCACCCAUGUAUCAAUGUUAGCAGUCUAACUUUAUUAAGUGGAUAUACAAUUUUUCUUUAGGAAUUAGGAUCUAUAAGUGUGACUUUAUAUUAUUUAUAUUAUUUUUACACUCAUUUUUUGUCUAUGGUUGACCACAUAUAGUCACAGACUGUGACCAGACCAAUUAUAUUAAAGUCAAAAGUCUGAUGAGUAUUACAGUCACUUUUGUCGGAUCAGAGAGGUUUAGCCUAUUAGGCUAGUUACACUGUUUUGCAUUGGGAUGACUUUUUAGACAAGUAACAGGAUUAUUUAUUAUUUAUAUUUAUUUAUAUAUAUUUUUUAUACUCCAGUUUUUGCUUUUAGUGCUGGCUCUGUGGAUCCAGCACUGAGAGCUUUAUCAUUUUGCUAGCUAUUUUAAGGGCUGCGCUGAGUGGGUGAUGCAAGCUAUCCAUGUAACAGUUAACCAGCUGUCUAGUGGACAGGGGGUCCCAUUCUGAAUAUCCAAGAUUCUUCCACCCGAGGUGUAAAUGGGAAAAAAAAAAUUCAAACUGACUCCCCUUUCUCUUGGAUCAGAUCUGUGAGUUGGGAUGAAAGGUCAGUGAGCCUGGACUGUGCCCAUUUUUAUAAGGCUUUAAUAUAAGGUUCACCAUAAUCAUAUUGUUUCAAAAACCACUGUUAGACUCUGUUAUGUGGGGCAGCUUGUACUAUUCCUUUUCCAAGUAUCCAGUAGUAUCUUUUAUCAUGCUGGACAUGACUGGACUGGCUUUAACACACCAAGAGCAGUUAUAAGUGUCUCUAAUACUCUCAAGGGUGUUUACAGGGAGCACAAGAGAGUCCUCAGGGUUGGGUAAUUGUUUUAACAUUGCCAGCUGGUUUGAGGGUGGGGGUUAUACUCCCACCACUGGCUUAAUUGGUAUGAACCUUAUCUUCUUUAACCAUUAAAAGUAUUCCUAUGCACUGUUUUCUCUCGAAGGUCAUAAAGAUGUGCCCUUUCUGGUGAAACUUCAGCCUGUGUGUCCAUUCGGUACAUGUACCUAUGCUCUGAUAUGUCCUGCCAGGGCGUGAGCAGCUUUCCCUGUCCACUAUGGGAGAUACAGGGUGCCAGGUCAUCCCUUUGUUGGGUCAAGGGCCUUGAAUGAGAGUGAGCAGUUUCCCUUCGUCUGGCUCCAUGCAUUGUAGUGUAGUAGGGGAGUAGCAAGAAAAAGGGCAGUAUAUGUCGCUUAUAGGCCUCCCUCACCUUUCUGGUAUGUAUUCAUAAAACUGAGCCAUGGGUUCCAACAGUCAGUGUAGCGUGAGUAUGAACAAGCAAGCAAAAUAUUGAUUUCUUCCAUCAGUCUUAUGUUUUCCACCCUUUGUAUCCACUUUUGGGAUUUUGUAAAAUAUGGACAAUUUUUAUUGUCUUGAGAGCUUGUGUUUCACACAAGUCCCUGAAUGCUUGUAGAAGAGCCGGGUUGAAGAGAUGUAGUGUGUGAGUUGGGUAAUCCUAAAGUCUUCUGUAACGGAGCUUCAUGUAUCCCGGUUGGGUACCUCCGCCGACGGAUGCUCCUAGUGCUCACCAAGGAAUCCGAGCACUCCUCCAGACACCAUAAGCACUGCAGACCCCACAAACGCCACAGCUUGGUUGGGGUCUCGCCGUCUCCUACCCACCCUGAUCUAUUUGAUCAUUGAUAAGCUGGAGUAUGGGGUCAUGACAUUACCCCCAGUACUUUAAAUACCGGCACAUCAUUUCAUGCCGUUAUGUAUACACACUGAGGCUUCUUCUAUUUUCUGUGCAGUAAUAUUAAUCUUCUCUGCACUACCUGUGUACAUUACCAGUGCCUCUGUUAUCACUAGGAGGCACUGUAUGUGUACACAACUGACUGUGCAGUCAUACCUUCCUUUGCACAAUCUAUAUACAGUAUAUCGUGUGAUGCUUAGUUGAUUAUAACUUUGCACAAGGAAUGUUACACUGAAAACUGGUGAAUUGCUGUUUAUGUGCAUCUAUUAUUGGGGCAUCAGUCUACACUAUACAUUUGUACAUAUGUUCGUUUGUAUAGUGUUAGUGCAAAAUUACAUUUUGCAUAGAACAUUAUAUGGAGGAUACUGAAAACUUUUGAACAGGUCCUCCUCGCUUAUACUAUUAGGUUGAGAUUUACUUUAGUAAUCUUGAGGCUUGAUUAUCUAGCACACAUACUUCCAGUUAUAGAUCUAGUGGAAGCUGUUUAAGUCUCCCUAUUUUGAUUCUUGUUUUCAACAGCUUGACAUUGGUGCCAGUUUUAUAGGUAUUUGUUAUGAUAUAGCACUUUUACCUAUUAGAUUAAUCCACUCCUUAGGCUUUUUUGUUUCUUUAUGUACAUAGUACUUAUUUUAUAGUUCUGUAUAUAUCAUUAUUAACACCACUUAGCUGUGGAUAUCUAUACAUUGUUUUAAUUAUACUAUUAAAGGUUAUAUAUUAAGUUUCUAGGGCACUCAUUUCCUCUCCUUUUUCUUUUCACUACUUCUGUAGUUCUUCAGGGUUAACCCCUCUACGAGUGCAUUUCCUUCCAGUUUUUCACUUCUGUUCUCUCAGGUAAAAAAUAAUUAUCAAAUCCUUUUAUUAGUAACUACAUAUAAAAGAUGAUUAAUAUGCAAAAGGCUAUAAAGUGUAACAAUAAAGUAUUGCACUACUGCUAAAGUAUUGCAUAUUGUUGCACUUUAUUGCGAUAUAUUUGAUUUCAUUGUUAUGAUCCUUAUUAAAGUAUCAUAAGUACCCUAAAACACAACAAAUCCCCUAAUAGCCCUGAUCUGGGUGAACAACACGAGGAAGGGCCCGUAUGUGUUGCCAGAGCUUUAAUGUCGGUGAAUUUGUAGGAAGAGAUGCGUGUCGGUCAGUCUAAAGAGACUUCCAUAAAACUUUUGAAACCCUGCUCUGAUCUGGGUGAUUUUUGGAUAUGUUGUUCACCCAGAUCAGGGCUAUAUAGGGAUAUCUAUGGGGAUGUGUUAUGUUUUGGGGUGUUUUCUAGACUUUGGGGAAAAUGUGUGUUUUUCUGCCUGUGGAUAAUUAGCUUAUUGUAUUAGCUGCUUUAAUUAUAUCCCAGGCAGAGAGGAGGGCUUGUGUGCUGUAAGUGGGAGUGUCGGACAUUGUUGUAUUGUUUGAUUGUUUUGUUUUGUGUCCUUUAUGUGCCUGUGUUCCAUCAGGUCCAGGGGGUGUGCCUCUGGCCUGAGGAAUUGUAUACAUUGUGAGUGUUGGCUUGCAUUUAACAGACUUGUUCUAACCUCUAUGAAGUCUUGGCUCAUGUUUGGGCGAUUGGAGAACUACACUCUGGGGAUUGCUGUAAUCACUAUACUCUCAAGAGUAUAAACACUAGCUCUUGUAAGAGCUGUUCCUGUUCCUACUCUCUGGAUUACAAGAGAGGUCUACCUACUAGAAGCUGGAUCCUGGUCUUGGGUCCAGAGUGGGUGGAUGACAGUGAGACCCCAAGCUGUGGCGGUUCGUGGGGUCUGCGGUGUUUAUGGUGUCUAGUGGAGUGUUUGGAGCCCUUGGAAAGUACUAGGAGCAUCCAUCAAGUGGAGGUACCCAGUCAGGAUGCCAGGCGAUCUGUUACAAAUCAAAUGACCUCUGACCAAUGGUUUAUGGGCCUCCUAGACACUGGUAUCUGGAACGCCGGUAUUCGAGUUUUCAUUGAAAUAACAUCGUAGUGUAUUUGAUACCUGCAAGACCAAGCUAGGCUCGUUUAGGGAAAGGUCAUUCAGUUUCCACUGAAAGGAUUUGAGGGGGAGGGAUGGGAUUCGAACGGCAAGAGACAGGGGCGUGUGGUCUGACCAUGUAAUAGGUCCGUAUCGACAGUCCUCUAUCAAGUGGAUGAACCUAAAGAUCAUGUCUAUUCUUGAGUAGGUUUUAUUGAAAGGAGAAUAGUACAAGUAGUCCACUAUCACAUAGUUGAGCGUGGUCGAGCAAGUGGUUAAAUCUACUGCGUGCUAAAAGUUUGGUACAUUUUUCCCUCUGCAGUGGUGUCCAUGCGUGUAUCUAAGGAUAGAUUCAUAUCACCCCCUAACACUAGUAAACCCUCCGUGAAAUUCUCUAUAAUCCUAAGGUAUUUUUGGAAAGAUCUACCCUGGUGUUUAUUGGGAAGGUAAAGUUUGCCAAUGUCACCAUAUUAUAGCCUAGUUGACCCUUGACUAGUAUUAUUCAAGUUGUCAGAGUAGUGUCCUUUAUAUGUGAAUGGGACCUGGGAUGCAAUGAGAAUAGCCACUCCCUUCUUCGUUGCUUCUGGAAAGUUAUUAAAAUAUCCUUGUAGCGGAGAGCUGAUUUCCCACAGCUCUAACUCCGCUGGGAUAUGAAAAGGAUGCAGGAACAAGUAGUAAAUCCAAGAGUGUAACCAGCACAACCAGCAAUAAAAUCCAACAGUAUCCCAUCACCUUCCCCAAUCACUGGACGACACACAGUAUCAGGAGUAGAACUGACUUUUAAUGGCUUUUAUAAGAUUCUCCCAUGCAAGGGAGGGACACACCAUAAUUACUACAGUAACCAAUCCCAUAGACGUUACCUCCCACACAUCUCCUCCCCUUAGAUUAACAGUUGACAUAAUUAUACAUUACAGACUUUUCCCCAAUUCUUAGAUGUACCCCAAAUAUGGAGGAUACACCUUGGUAGCCCUGAUCUGGGUGAGGAACAUAUCCAAAAAUCACCCAGAUCAGACCAGGGGUUCGGGAGUUAUGAGAAGGUAAAGAUUUGACCGACCACAUGGGUAAAGUAGCCGAAAUUAGUUCCAUGAGAUCUGGCCCUGCGGUCGGUCUCUGUUCGUGCCUCAAAAGUCCCAAAAGGCUAUGCCAUCCACAGUUAGGGUUGUAGCCGGAUGAAUCCCCUGGUUCGUGGGAUUCAUCCUACCGAACGACGGGCCGUUCAAGCGUUUCCAUCUGUACUUUCUGAAGCCCUGGAGGUCUUAGCGGUGUUCGGUUAGUCGAGUGUCUGUUUUGAGUUCCAGAUACUCGACGACCAAACACCGCUGUUUGCGGGUUUAAGAUGGCGCCGAAAUGUUCGGCUGCUGAAAUGGCGGCUAUCCAGGGAAUACAACAGAGUGUUCGUGCGUUCAAGGGAAUGUAACAAGCAAUCAGGGAGGUAAAUUACAGCCACCCUUCACAUCAGGGUGGUCCGGUUGUUUGGUAGUUUAAUUCGUAUGGUGAAUAUAGCCGUUCACGUGUAAGCUGUUAUAUCUUUCUACCGAACAACGUGUAGCCACCUAUGGUGGUAGGUGAUCCUUUAUAAUCCAGGCACAGGGAAAACUCUUAAGUGCCAACCAUAAAAAGGAAAUAGUUUGGACAGCCAAAGGGGUUCUGCUACAAUCCUAUUGGGAAUUUGCUAUUUCUAAGGGUUGGGGCCCCAUCCCCCUUGAAGUGGGUCUUCAGGACAACGACUAUGUCUGCCUUUUUAGUUGUUGUGGAUAUCCUUAAGUGCUAGUGUUCGUUUUUCUGGGCUGAUGAGUCCCCCGGCGGUAAGGGUGAUUACGCUAAUCGAGGCCAUGAGCGGACAGGUAACUAGUGUUGGUGCUCAGACCUGUCCUUGCAGGUGGUUCUGAACUAACAAAACAGUAGUAACUAUGUACAGUAGGGUGAUAGUGAAGUUAAUUGUAAGAAACAAAUAGGUGUAGUGUAACCUUUUUUUUGGUGUCACUACGAUAUAUCCAAAUGGAUAAGUUUCCGCCGGAGUCUAUCCCAGUUCGCGGGGGAAUACUCUGUGGGAUUUUAAGGACACCGCAAAUACGUGGUAUGAAGAGUGUGGCGGGACACUGCCACUAAGUACCAUGCCCACUGUGUUUGCCUAUGUAUUUUGUGUCCCCAGUGUCUAUUCCCACCAUUUCCCCUUGUACUCUAUGGUUCUCCAUGUAUCUGUAUGGAAUUGUUUUAUUUGUGUGUUUCCCCUUGCAUUUUUAAGGUACGAUGCAUUUUACUUUUCAGCCAUGCGGGGGCACUUUGGCGCCGGACCACACUGAUACUCCAUUUGGAAUGUUUGGUUAGAAUGUUCACUUCUCUUACCUGGGAGCUACAAGGCAAGGCUCAUGGCUGGUGGAUAUCCACUGGAGAGAGGGAUGCACACCAGGGAAUCUCUGGAGCUGUGAGUCCGUCUUGCGGCUGCAGAGUCCCGCUGGCUGCAGUCCGUGCCGACCAAUAGGAGAAGGAGCGUCCAUUCAAACUGGGUUCGCGCCAUUUUCCUGGUUGGUCAGCAUGAUUGAGCGCUGAUUGGUCGCUGCCGGGUGCAGAUGACCAAUUGGAGGAGGAGUGCUUGUUCAAAUGGGGUUUCAAGCCCUUUCUUUGGAUUCGGCGGUGAAACCCCUCUUGUUCCUGGGCGCUGAUUGGCGCAAAUUGGUUUUGCACCUUUCAGGCGAUUGGUGCAAUCAGGUUUUGAGCCCUUUCCCCCGAUUGGGCGGCAAGACCCCUCUCCUCCCCGAGUACCGAUUGGUGCAGCAGAGUUUUGCGCCCUUUCUUUGGAUUGGGUGGCGAAACUUCUUCCUCUCCUGAACGCUGAUUGGCGUGAUUUGGUUCAUGCCCUUUCAGCUGAUUGGUUGUUGCUUGGUUUAGGCACCAGUUUGAAUUCGCCAGCCAGACUAAACCAAGCAACGCCAUGGAACUAAUUUCGGACUUUUAAUGCUGAUAUCGCGGGCUCUGUACAUCCCAGAUGGUACCUGGGGCUAUCUAGCAAUGUAGGUUUCAACCCUGUAACCCCUUACCUUCCAGGGGUGCCGAGCCCCAAAGUGUAACCCCCCUGGUUUAAUGUGUAUCCCUAUGUACUGUUUGGUAUCUCCCAGGGCGGGAGAUGGCUAUCUGUAACCCAGCCCUCUCCUGCCUGGGACUAAGGGAAGUAUAUUGCGUGGAAUGGAGAUCCCCUGUGAGGGUCUGUUCAUAAAAAAGGCCUGUGUUCAAUAAAGAUUGAGAGAGUCUGGCAGAGUCAGUGCUUAAACCUCCAAAACUGUGUGUCAUCCUGUUAUUGGAGGGAAGGAAGAUUUACCGUAUUUUUCGCUCCAUAAGACGCACUUUUUUCCCCCUCAAAAGUGAGGGGAAAUGUCUGUGCGUCUUAUGGAGCGAAUGUGAAGAAUUACUUACCUGUCUUGGAGCGUGGGCCGGCUUCACAGCGCGCUCCGCGGUCCAGGAACUUCUAUUUCAGGUGCACACUUCCUUUCAGUCCCGCCGGAAACCGGAACCUGAAAUAGAAGUUCCUGGACCGCGGAGCGCGCUGUGAAGCCGGCCCACGCUCCAAGACAGGUAAGUAAUUAUGGGACAAGGGGAGGGGGAGACACUAUGGGACAAGGGGGAGACACUAUGGGAGAAAGGGAGGGGGAGACACUAUGGGAGAAAGGGAGGAGGAGACACUAUGGGACAAGGGGAGGGGGAGACACUAUGGGAGAAAGGGAGGGGGAGACACUAUGGGACAAGGGGAGGGGGAGACACUAUGGGACAAGGGGAGGGGGAGACACCAUGGGACAAGGGGAGGGGAGGAGACACCUAUGGGACAAGGGGAGGGGGAGGGGACAAGGGGAGGAGACACCAUGGGACUAUGGGACAAGGGGAGGGGAGGAGACACUAUGGGACAAGGGGAGGGACACUAUGGGAGAAAGGGAGGGGAGACACUAUGGGACAAGGGGAGGGGGGGACACUAUGGGACAAGGGGAGGGGGGACACUAUGGGACAAGGGGAGGGGGAGACACUAUGGGACAAGGGCAGGGGGGGACACUAUGGGAGGGAAAGUGCACUAUGGGACAAUGGGAGGGGGGGACACUAUGGGAUCAGAACACUAAUGGACAAGGGGAGGAGGGGUUAAAGAACACUAUGGGACAGGGUAGGAGGGGUUAACAAUCACUAUGGGACAGGGUAGGAGGGGUUAACAAUCACUAUGGGACAGAGGAAAGGGGGGUUAAAGAUCAUUAUGGGACAGGGGAGAAAAAAAAAUAUUCUGAACAAACUGUCCCAUGGUAAGAAACACUAUGGAACAGUUUGUUCAGAAUAUUUUUUUUUCUGGGUUUCCUCCUCUAAAAACUAGGUGCGUCUUAUGGUGAGGUGCGUCUUAUGGAGCGAAAAAUACGGUAACCCAUAUGUCUGCUGUUCCAGCUUGCAGGGGAUGCAACGGGGAAAAGUCCUGGUAAGGACUAAGAGCUUCCAGUGUCGUCUCUGCCUGGGAGCGCAUAGAGUUAAGUCCCCCAUCCAUGAAAGAGUUCCCGAUCAGUUGAAGGAAGGGAACUAACGGGAGCUAACCGGCCGCGUUACUGGAAGAGGUUCUGUUACAAAGAGUAAUAUAGCGUAUGUUGUGGGGGUGAUGUUAAGAUGUCAAGGAGUUCGAUAGUAAAGGAGCUGCAACUUUCCACCAUCCGUGAAAAUAUAUGGAAAACCCUGAACUGUAACUAGCCCAUAAAAAGAGAGAAUUUUUAUUAAUUUUGUUUGUUUUAUAGAUCCCGGUGAGCCUCACAAGAUAAGAAACCACUAUAGCGCUUUCCACAUCCCAUAUGAGCGUCCAGGUGUUGUAAUUCGCUCUCAAGGUUUGGACCAAAUUCCCCUCUCGGCUAUGUAAUCAAGGCAGUGUAUACUAGGAGUGAGAUAGGCUGAGAGCCUUGUAAUUAAAAUUCAGCUGUGCUCCGAAUAUAGCCAUAAAACAGUUGAGAGCCCGAGAUGCCCCUUGUUUCUGCACGACUACAUUUGUGGAGAAAACCCGUACACCUCCUCCUGCAAAGAAUAAACCCCACACACCUCCACCAUACCUGUCUAAAGUUGGUGCGUACAUCAGAAAUACAAUGCACAGUAAUGUGAGCAGUAAAGCAGGGUAUCAAAGGGGGGAAUGAGGGGUUAAGCAGAGGAAGGGGUAUCUUAGGACCAAGAGGAGAAUUUCAAAGUGGGUACAGUUUGCAGGUGUAGACUAGAACGGCAUUAGACAGGAAAAAAAACAUAAUUGGCUCCAUGCACCUUACUAUCUCCUGCGGCAGCCACAAAAUGCAUCUGUGGUGUGUUUCUGUCUUCCUCCAGUUAGCCCGUACUGUCUACUCUUCUCCAAUCUGUAGGGAAAAGAGAUCCCAGUCCGUGUGGGUAUUGCAGUGUCCCGCAGUAAGCAGUCCCCUGCCCACCAGCGGCUAGCUGUGAUAGAAAGAGACCGGUCGGGCUGGAAUGUUCGGUACUGUACAUGUAAAUCGUCCGGUAUUAGAGGGAUGGUGUGGUGGGAACAAGGCUAAUUCCAUGUAGGAGAGUCCCGUUGUAUUAGAAAGGUGGUCAGCGUGUAAUGUGACAGUUCUUUAAGGAGGUAUUCCAAUCUUCUGUAUCACCCUGUCUAGGAGGGACGGUCCACAGAUGGGUGAGCAGAAGCUGCCGUCGUGGUGGAAGGGGUCCUCCCUGUCUCCCUGUUGGUCCCACAGUGGUCAUUUCUACUCCAUUUUGAGGGAGUUUGCCACCUCUGGCACUUUGGCAUUUGGGUGGUCUGGGCCGACUGUAUUCCUCCAUACCAAUCAGGUAUACUGAUGUCAGGUACGUCCAUUGCUCUGGUGAAUCCAUCUUGAUAGGAGGACAGGGUAUGGGAAGAUCCGUUGUAAGUCACUAUAAGGGCAAAAGAAAAUCCCCACGUAUAUAUCUAACGUUGCGUGAGGGGAGAUGGUCGGUAAUGGGUCUUAAUACUCUCCUGGCUUGGAGCGUUGCCCAAGAGAGGUCAGGAUAAAUUUGUAGGGGAGCACUGUGAAAUAACGGCUAAGAUGUUUGGUGUAAUGCUCUCAUAAAAUCCUCUUUAACAGAAAAACAAUGUAGCCUACAGAUGACAUCUCUCUGUGUAUUAGGGUAUUAGGGGUCCCCCUGGGUUUCAGUACUCUGUGUGCAUGGUCAAACAGUACCUGAGCCAUCCGGGGCCUAUGGAGGAGGAGAUUGAAGAGCUCCCUUAACUGUGAGUGGAGGUUCUCCUGAUCUGCUUCCGGGAGGCCUUUGAUCCGCAAGUUGUUCCGGCGGUUGUCGAUGUCAUCCAUUGUGCGUUGUAUCCCGGAGAGGAGGAAAGUAUGGGAAGAAAUGUCAGCUUGUAACUGCUGCAUCUGAGUGAAGAGCAUAUCACGGUCGUCCUCCUGGGAAGUGACUCUGUCCCCCACAUGUCCGUGCCAACGGCCUUGAGUUUCGUCUGGAAUGAAACUUCCAGCUUCCCCAGCAUAUUUUUGAUGUCACUUUUGGAGUGUAGUUUACGUAAAGCAUCCCUGAUCUCCAGGUCUGUGGUAUAUACCGAGCCUGCAGAUCCCUCUGGGCUGGAGGGUGCAGAGCCAUCUUGAGAUGACACGAGCGCCAUGCUGAGGCCUGUUGCGCCUUGUUAAUGGUCCGCAUUAUCACUAAAGAAUUUAAUCAGGGCUCCAGAUUUGCCUGGGGGAUGCUUCCCAGAUGCUUGCUGUGAGGCAAGAGAUUUCUUGGGGUGUCCCAUUUUGGGUUUUUAUUCCGAUGUAGUUGGAGUUAGUGGAAAGCUGUCUCCAGGGCCGUCUUUAAGGAGGGGCAAAAGGGGCAGCUGCCCCGGGCCCAGUUACUCCUGGGGGCCCUAAGGCAGCUGCCCCAUGGGCCCUCUGCAGCAUCUGAGGUAAUCAGGGGCCACAGCCCUUUAAUACUGCUCUGGACCGGACCCUUGUAAUAUGGGGGGUGGCUGACUACAAACACACAGCUAGCCCCUCACACACUGCCCUGUGAUCCCUUUUCUUCUCCGUGGCAUGCUGGGAGGAAGUGAGGUCAGAUUGCUUCCUCCCAGUAAGAACUGAUCACUUCCUCCUCAGUGCCGCUGGGGAGGAGGCACACACCACAUGGAGGAGGAUGCAAGCAUUGUGGGGGAGAGGGACUGAGAAAGCUAAUGGCAGACUCCCAUCAGCCUGGGCCAACAAGCUCCCACUGGACACCAGGGAAGCCACCUUUCUGUACCCAAAAGGUAAGGAGACAGGAGGGUGGCUAAAUAUGUUUUGUUUUUUUGUUUUGCUUAUUUCUGAUAUCACUUUUAUUCAAGUGUUGGUGUUUGUAAUGUAACACACAGGGAAUAAGUACAUGUUAAAAUCCUAGAAGAACCUGACAGUUUCCUAUUAAAUAUAAAUUUUUUAAAGUAUUUAUUUGAACAUAUUAUUGCAUCAAGUGUUAUCAAAGGGUGUAUACCAUUUCCAAAUGUCACUUUUGCCAAAUUCUGGACCAGGGUAUGUAAGAACAGAGUUGAGACAUUAUUAUGGCCAAGGUUGCUGGGAGUUGCUGUCCAAGAGCUGCUAGAAGGCAGAGAUUAAAAUAUGUAAAUGUACACAUAUAUGUGUGUGUAUCUGGCUGUGUUUAUGUCCUUGUGUGUAUCUGGCUGUGUUUGUGUGUGUGUAUCUGGCUGUGUUUGUGUCAGUGUGUGUAUCUGGCUGUGUUUGUGUCAGUGUUUGUAUCUGGCUGUGUUUGUCUGUGUGUCAGUGUUUCUGUGUGUAUGUAUACCUGUGUAUGUGUACUUGUGUGUCAGUGUGUAUGUGUACCUGUGCAUGUGUUUGUGUGAGUGUGUAUGUAUGUAUGUGUCAGUGUGUGUAAGUGUGCAUCUGAGUGUGUGGUAAUGCAUACAUCCCAGCAUUUUAAUGCCAACACAAAUACACUCCAUCUCUAGCACUGUACACAUAUACACCCCUGCAUUUAUACCUUUAUGUAUGUGUGUAUCUGAGUGUGUGUGUACAUACCUGUGUCAGUGUGUGUGUGUACCUCUGUGUGUGGAUGUGCCAGUGUGUGUGUGUAUCAAAGUGCUUGUAUCUGUGUGUCAAAGGGUGGGUAUCUGAGUGUGUGUGUGUAUGUGCCAGUAUGUGUCAAGGUGUGAGCAUGUGUCAGUGUGCCUAUGUGUGUAUCUGCGUGUUAAUGUGUAUGUGUAUAUGUGUUAUAGAAAUCACACAACAUGAAACAGAGCCCUGCAAACACAAACAUUACAUACAAACACACCAGUUUGCUGAAACACCAAUACUACACACAAAUGUACACAACACUACAUCCAAACAACCCCCUGCAUGCAAAUACAAACAUUACAUACAAACACAUUCCUGUAUUAAAACGCUAAAAUUAUAUACAAACACCAACUCUACACACAAAAGUACACCUGCAUUUAAAAGCCAACACUACAGACAAUCACACAUUACUGCAUUCAAACGCAAACACUACACACAAGUACACCACUGCAUUCCAAUGGUAACAGUAUAUACAAAUACACCCCUACAUGCACACAUACACUCUAUACAAUAACAUGCUGACAUUCAGUUGCACAAACACUGCUCAAAAAUACAACCCUGCAAGGAUGGUAGAUCCCCACCUGGCAUAGCAUCGCAGGAGUUGUAUGACAGAUGGGGAUCUAUCUUUUCUUUACUCUUGUGCUACAGGGCAGGCCUGAAUUAUUAUUUUUUUGCACCAAGGCACUCUCUACAUUAGUUUCGCCUCUAGGUUGGGGUGGAGGGAGUGAUUGCAUGCCCAGGGGGCCCAAGCAGAUGCUUGCCCAGGGUCCAAUCAAUAUUAAAGAUGGCCCUGGCUGUCUCGGAGAGUCCAUCAGGUAAUAGCUUCUUGAUCCAGGGAUAGAUCUGACUGUCAUUCUUGGACCAAGAAGGAAUAUUUUCCUAGUUUGUUGCAAAAUUGAAGCUGCUUCAAACUGGGUUUUUUGCCUUCUUUUGCAUCAACAAAAACAGAUGUGAGGAAGGUAGAACUUGAUGGACACAUGUCUCUUUUCAGGCUAUGCAACUAUGUAACAUAACACAGCCAUUUUUAAAUUUAUUUAUUUUUUUAUAAAUUUCUCUUAAAUUAUACGGUAUUACUGUCAUAUUUUUGUAACCCCUUCAGACCGGAGGGUGUACUAUUACGCCCUAUUAUAGGCGGCUCUAAACGCCGCCGGGCUUAAUAGUACGCCCUCCGGUCUUUCGGUACUUACCCAGUCGCCGGUGGUCCCACGCCGGCGAUCGCGGUGGGGGGGACUCCCAGGGAGCCCCCCGCGGCACUUCCGCCCUCCACGAAGCCCCCCGGCCAUGUGAGAGUGGGGUCCUUGCGAGGACCCCACAAUCACAUGGCCAGGGAUAGCUGGCUUCUGUAUUGCCAGCAGGGGGGCUGCCUGUAAUGACAGGUGGUCCCCCUGCUGGCUGAAAAUAAAAUUAAAACAAAUAAAUGGUGUAAAAAAAUUAUAAUAUAUACUUAGAUCAUAUAUAUAUAUAUUAUAUAUAUAUGAUCUAAGUAUAUAUAUACACAUAUACAUACACACAUGUACACCGUCUAGGUGUAUUUUACUAUUAAUAUAUAUAUAAUUAUAUAUAUAUAUAUUAAUAUCAAAUUACACGUAGACUGAUACUGAUUAAAUAUAUAUAUAAUUAUUGUUAUAUAUAUAUUUAUAUAUAUUAUAAAAAAAAUUAAAAUGUAAAUACGUUAAAAAAUAAAAUUAAAAAAUAAUUAAAAAUAAAUAAUUAAAAAUAUAUAGAUGUGUGUUAUUUCGUUCUAACUGUAUUGUGAUAUAUAUAUAUAUAUAUAUAUAUAUAUAUAUCAAAAUACACGUAGAACAAAAUAAUAUAUAUAUCUAUAUACAUAAAUAUAUACGUAUAUAUCACUAUAUAUAUACCUAUAUAUAAAUAAAAAUAUUUUUUAAAAAUUAUAUAGAUAUAUACAUAUAUAUACACAUACAGCCAAAAGUACAAGAUAGCACUCCAGGGACUUCCAAGUUGAAUGAAUAAAACUUAGCUUUUAUUAGCUCAAAAUAAAAAUCAACGUUUCAGUCUGUAUCACAGACUUUCAUCAGGAUUGUGACCAAAUGGCUACUAAAAAAGACUGGACAUACCCCAUUUGCAAUACCUUGGGUUGUCUACUAUUGCAAAUGGUAUGCCAUUAUGGGUGUAAAUUUCAUUCCCGGGCUACUAUACAGUCUCAAAGGCAACGUAACCAAUCUGGUGAAUUUCAAUUUCAAAUGUAACCUGCUAUAUUUGACCCUGUAACUUCCCAAAACGCCAUAAAACCUGUACAUAGGGGGUACUGUCUUACACGUGAGACUUUACUGAAUACAAAUAUGUGUAUUUUAUUGCAGUAAAAGCAAACAGUAUUAUGACAUCGUAUUUUCUCCCAUUUUUUUCAUAUUAAAUUAUGUUUCAUAGCUAAAUAUUUGAUAUUAAAUGAAAACCCUGUUUCCCCUGAAUAAAAUGAUAUAUAAUAAGGGUGGGUGCAUUUACUAUGAAAGAGGUGUAUUACGGUUGGACAGACAUGUAGCACAAAUGCCAGGUUUUGUUUACAUUUUGUUUUGUUCACAACGUGUACAUUUGGCUCCGUCCUUAACCCCUUCAGGACGGGUGACGGACGAGGUCCGUCACAGAGGGGAGACCCUUAAUGACGGGUGACGGACCUCGUCCGUCAUGCGGAAAAAUUAACCCCGGAUCGCCGCUAUCGCGGCGAUCGCGGGGUUAAUGGUGCCCCUCUGCAUUAGAAGCAUACAGGGAGCACCCGGUCAGGCUGCCCAGCACAUGUGCUCGCUCUGACCACAAGUCAGAGCGAGCACAUGUGCCCUGUAUACUUACCUUCCGCCUCCCUGCACUUCCGGGUUCUGUGUGAAGUGCAGGGAGCCGGAACAGUGCUGAUCCUGCCCCCUGCUGUUUAAAAAAAUAAAGUUUAUUUAAAGUCCCCCCCCCCACCCAUUUUAAUAAAAAAUUAACCCCUUCCCUGCCAAUUGAUCACUGAGUACAGUGAUCAAUUGGCAGGGAUUACAUUUUACUAUGAUCUGAUUUUUUUUUUUAACCCCUGAGGGUUAAUUCUUUUUUUUUUUUAACCCUCAGGGGUUAAAUUAAUUAAAUUAAUUAAUUUUAUUAUUUUUUAAUUAUAUAUUUAGCUAGCUGGGGUAGGUGGAAGUUAGUGGGGAAUUGGGGGAUUUGGCGUUAGGCUAACUAGGGGUUAACGUUAAAAAAAGUUUUAAAAGAAACUUUAAAAAGUUAAAAAUUAAGCUUAAAAAAAUGUUUUAAUAACAUUUAAGUAAAAAAAACAAAAAAAAACACACUUUACCUAGUCCAAAUAAAAAUUAACCCCUUCCCUGCCAGUCGAUCACUGUCUACAGCGAUCAAAUAGAGAUCACAGUAUUAUACUGUGAUCUAAUUUUUUUUAACCCCUGAGGAUUAACUUUUAUUUAUUUUUUUUAACCCUCAGGGGUUCAAUUUAUUUAAUUAAUUAAUUUAAAUAUUUUAUAACUAUAUAUUUUGCUAGCUGGGGUGGGUGGGAGUUAUGGGAAAAUGGGGAAUUUACUGUUAGUGCUGCGUACUGCUAGUUAGGGGUUAACGGUAAAAAAAAAAGCUUAGAAAAAUGUUAAAUCUGUAAAAAAGUUUUAAGAAAGUUUAGGAAAGUUUAAAAAAAUUUAUAAGCAAAACAAAAGUUUAAAAACUAGUUUUUAAAAGUAAAAAAGUUAUAAAAAGUAAAAAAAUACAUUUUAAAAACGCUCAUUACCACUACACCUGGAACAAACUAGAGAAAAAAAUUAUCCCACGCCAAGGUUCAAAAUAUGCCUUUUGAAUUACCCCAGGGUGUAUUCUUUAAUAAAUAGUAUGUGUUUGUGGGGAAGUUUCAAUAACCAACCGUCUAAACUACUCCAAAUUGGAACAUGGACACAGCGUAAAACUUCAAAGUUAGAAAAAAACUGAAUGGCUGCGUCUCAAAUGCGCCCCUUCAACAUCCACAUAUACCUGGCAAAGGUACAUACGGGGGUAUUGCUGUACUCAGCCGACAUAGCUGAGCAACAUAUGAAGUAUUAUACAGUCAUAGCACACAUAAGGUUUGCAAAAUAUGCUGCGCAAACUCACUUUGUAUGUCAAAAAGGCAGAAAAAAUGCUUAUUACCACUACACUUGGUACAAGCUAGCGGAAAAAUGAUCCCACGCUAAGGUUCAAAAUAUGCCUUUUGAAAUACCCUGGGAUGUCUUCUUUAAGAAAUGGUAUGGCUUUAUGGGGAAUUUGGAUUAUAUAGCCUGGUAAAAUACUCUAAAAUGGGACAUAGGCACAGCAUAAAAAUUCAAAGUUUGAAAAAAACUGGAAUGGCUGUGUCCCAAAUGUGCCCCUCCGAUGUCCACACAUACCUGGCAAAGGUACAUACGGGGGUAUUGCUGUACUCAGCCGACAUAGCUGAGCAACAUAUGAAGUAUUAUACAGUCGUAGCACACAUAAGGUUUGCAAAAUAUACUGUGCAAACUCACUUUGUAUGUCAAAAAGGCAGAAAAAACGCUUAUUACCACUACAUCUGGUACAAGCUAGCGGAAAAAUGAUCCCACGCUAAGGUUCAAACUAUACCUUUUGAAACACCCUGGGGUGUCUACUUUAAGAAAUGGUAGGCCUUUGUGGGGUAGUUUGAAUUUAAAACCUGCGAAGAUGCUUGGAAAUUGCACAUAGGCCCAGCGUCAAAAUUCAAAGUUUGGUAAAAACGGAUAUGGCUUGGUCUCCUAUAUGGCACUGUAGCUUCACAAAAUAGUGCCAAAGACAUUCAUUGGGGGUGUAUUUUUACUCAAAAGACUUAGCUGAGCAUAAUUUGGGAGGUUUGAACUUAGUGGCACAUAUGAAAUAUACAAAACGCCCAGCAAAAAUGCAAUCCGUAUGUAAAAAAUGCACAAAAUAAUUUUUUUACCACAUACUUUGGCAUAUAUUGGUGAAAAAAUGGGGGUAUGUUAAGGCACAAUAUGCACCUUAUGAGAUACCCUGGAGUGUCUACUUUUACAAAUGGUAGGCCUUUGUGGGGGUUUUUUGAACAGUCAAACUGUUAUAAUACCCCAAAUGGAAGCUAAGGCUCAUUAAAUCCAUCUCUCAAAAUUCUACUGUGAAUACUGAAAAGGACAGGUAUCCUGUAUGGCACUGUAACUUCACGAAAUAGUGCAAAUGACAUACAAUGGGGGUGUCAUUUUACUCAGCAGAUGUAACUGAACACAAAAUAAAACUUUGUACAGGAAUAGCACACACCAACUUUACAAAAUAUACACGAGAAUUUCUCUGUUAUAAGUUUGUGUGCCAAAAACCAAAAAGAACACAAUUUUACUCCAAUAUUUAGCAGAGGUUGGCGGUGAAAUGGCUACGUAGAAAGUGUCAAAACAACCUUAGGUAAAUAGCCCGUGAUGUCUACUUUAUAUAAAUAUAUACUUUUGUGUGGCAAUUUUGUUUUCUUUUAUGGCUAUUAAGCUUACAAGACAAACAUACCAAAUUCUAAAAUCGCUCCACAUUAAAAGUUUAUUUUACUCCUUGUGCUUUGUGACCUGUAACUACCAAAAAAAACUUAAAAUCCCAGACACAUUAUAUAUUCUGUAAAUCAGAACAAAUAAAUAAAUUUAUUUUUAAUUACUUUCCUUAACCUGCACUAAUUAUGCACACAUUAUUAUUGCAAAAACUGUAAAAAAAAACAAUAUUUUUCAUUUUUUUUGCAUUUUUCUGUAUUUUUUUUAUAAUAAGUAAGCAUUAUAUAUAUAUAUAUGUUAUAUCAAAUUAAAGCCCUUUCUGUCCUUUAAAAAACAGUAUAUAAUAUGUGUCGGUGCAAUAAAUGAGAGAGAUGCAAAUUGCAGUUGAACGCAAACAGCAAGAAAAUGCAAAAAUUGCUUGUGUCAUUAAGCGUAAGUCAAGCUUCUGAAGCUGUGUCCUUAAGGGGUUAAGGGGUUAAUUGUACUUUUGCUAUUUAAUAAUUUAUUUUGUAAAGUUGAUGUGUACUACUGUAAAACAAAAAAGUUGUGCUCAGCUACUAUGUUAAAAUUGACCCCCUUCACCUACCUCUAUCACGUUUUUAUCAAAAUACAUGGCUUACACAAAAUACAUGGCUUCACAAAAAAAUAAAUUUUAAGUUUGUGGUAUUAACUUUUAUUUAACAUUUUUUAAAUGCACAUUGUAUUUUUGCUGCUUUUUUGUGUGCAUUGUAAUAUAAAUUCCUGAACUGUACUCAGCAACAUAUCCUGAGUACAAUACCCUGAUGUAUACUUUUUCAAAAUUUACAUCCUAAUCCUAACCCAAACAUAGAAUUUGACGGCAGAUAAGAACCAUUCGGCCCAUCUAGUCUGCCCAAUUUUAUAAAUACUUUCAUUAGUCCUUGGCCUUACCUUAUAGUUAGGAUAGCCUUAUGCCUAUCCCACGCAUGCUUAAACUUCUUUACUGUGUUAACCUAUACCACUUCAUCUGGAAGGCUAUUCCAUGCAUCCACUACCCUCUCAGUAAAGUAAUACUUCCUGAUAUUAUUUUUAAACCUUUGUCCCUCUAAUUUAAGACUAUGUCCUCUUGUAGUGGUAGUUUUUCUUCUUUUAAAUAUAGUCUCCUCCUUUACUGUGUUGAUUCCCUUUAUGUAUUUAAAUGUUUCUAUUAUAUCCCCCCUGUCUCGUCUUUCCUCCAAGCUAUACAUGUUAAGAUCCUUUAACCUUUCCUGGUAAGUUUUAUCCCGCAAUCCAUGAACCAGUUUAGUAGCCCUUCUCUGAACCCUCUCUAAGGUAUCAAUAUCCUUCUGAAGAUACAGUCUCCAGUACUGUGUACAAUACUCCAAGUGAGGUCUCACUAGUGUUCUGUACAAUGGCAUGAGCACUUCCCUCUUUCUACUGCUAAUACCUCUCCCUAUACAACUAAGCAUUCUGCUAGCAUUUCCUGCUGCUCUAUUACAUUGUCUGCCUACCUUUAAGUCAUCAGAAAUAAUCACCCCUAAAUCCCUUUCCUCAUAUGUUGAGGUUAGGACUCUAUCAAAUAUUCUGUACUCUGCCCUUGGGUUUUUACGUCCAAGAUGCAUUAUCUUGCACUUAUCCACAUUAAAUGUCAGUUGCCACAAUUCUGACCAUUUUUCUAGUUUACCUAAAUCAUUUGCCAUUUGGCUUAUCCCUCCUGGAACAUCAACCCUGUUACAUAUCUUAGUAUCAUCAGCAAAAAGACAUACCUUACCAUCAAGACCUUCUGCAAUAUCACUAAUAAAAAUAUUAAAGAGAAUGGGUCCAAGUACAGAUCCCUGAGGUACCCCACUGGUGACAAGUCCAAGCUUCGAAUAUAUUCCAUUAACUACAACCCUCUGUUGCCUGUCACUCAGCAACUGCCUUACCCAUUCAACAAUAUUGGAAUCCAAACUUAAAGAUUGCAGUUUAUUGAUAAGCCUUCUAUGUGAAACAGUGUCAAAAGCCUUACUGAAAUCUAGGUAAGCAAUGUCUACUGCACCACCCUGAUCUAUAAUUUUAGUUACCAGAUCAAAAAAAUCAAUAAGAUUAGUUUGGCAUGAUCUCCCUGAAGUAUAUCCAUGUUGCCUCUGAUCUUGAAAUCAAUGUGUUUUUAGAUGUUCAACAAUCCUAUCCUUUAACAUGGUUUCCAUCACUUUCCCCACUACUGAAGUAAGGCUUACUGGCCUAUAGUUGCCCAACUCCUCCCUAUUACCUUUCUUGUAAAUGGGCACAACAUUUGCUAACUUCCAAUCUUCUGGGACUACUCCUGUUAAGAAUGAUUGGUUAAAUAAAUCUGUUAAUGGUUUUGCUAGUACACCACCAAGCUCUUUUAACAGCUUUGGGUGUAUUCCAUCAGGUCCCAUUGACUUAUUUGUCUUUACUUUUGACAGUUGAAAUAGAACGUAAACUCACGUGUAAUAAAUGACUAAUUUAUCCUUUUUCUUAACUGAGGUCCCUUUCCUUCAUUUUUAUCUGUAAAUACUGAAUAAAAAUAUUAAUUGAGGCAGUCAGCUAGACCUUUAUCCUCUUCUACAUACCUUCCUUCUUUUGUUUUUAAUCUAACUAAUCCUUGUUUUACUUUUCUUUUCUCAUUUAUGUAUCUAAAAAAAGUUUUGUCCCCCUUUUUUACUGACUGUGCUAUUUUCUCUUCUGUGUGUGAUUUGGAAGCUCUAAUAACUUGCUUAGCCUCUUUCUGCCUCAUCUUAUAGAUCAUUUUGUCUUCCUCACUCUGUUUUUUUUUUUAUAAUUGCUAAAAACUAUUUUGGCCACAUCUGCGGAGUACCACAGUUGUUUCUUGAAUUUUUUGCUUUUACUGACAAGCCUCAUGCAAUUUUCUGUUUCCUUCAAUAGUGCAACUUUUACAUAAUCCCAUUUCUCUUGGACUCCAUUUAAAUUGCUCCAGUCUGAUAAUGACUCCUCUACACAUAUUCUAAUUUUAGAAAAGUCUGUUUUUCUAAAGUCUAAAACUUUUGUUUUUGUGUGGUGUGACUCAGUCACUGUUCUUAUAUUAAACCACACUGACUGAUCCUAAACUUUCACCUACAGUAAUAUCUGAUACCAAAUCUCCAUUUGUUAACACUAAAUCAAGUAUGGCCUCUUUACGAGUUGGCUCCUCAACAACUUGUUUUAGAGGCAAUCCCAGUAGGGAGUUUAGAAUAUGUGUGCUCCUGGCACAAUCCUAACCUUAAUCCUAACCUUAGCAAUAGUGUUAUUAUAAGUAUUAGUAUUUAUAUAGCGCCAACUUAUUCAUUAAGCAGCAAUUUACAAUAUUAUAAAAGGGAGAAAUUUAAUACAAUGAGACGAUUACAAAAUUAUACAGGAAUAAUAGCUAGAUGAGGACUUUACAGUCUAAAGGAGUGGAGUACAAAGACAAAAAACAAACCGGGCGGACAAGUAACAGAUGGAGGUGGCAGUGGAGGAGAAAGCCAGAGACAGAUUUGUGACAUAGAAGUUAUCAGGGAGGCCAUAAGCAAAUAGAUAGGUUUUAAGGGGCUACUUAAAUGACUGAAGUUUAGGGGAGGGUUUGGAGAAGGAGGACAUGAUCAACAGUGUCAAGGGUAGCAGAGAGGUCAAGGAGAGUUAGUAUGGAGCAGUGACCAUUGGACGUAACUGUGAUUAGGUUAAUUAUAACUUUAAUCAGAUCAGUCUCAGUAGAGUGGAGGGGGUAGAAGCCAGAUUGAUAAGGGUCGAAGAGCGAGUUGAAAUUGAGGAAACAAGGCAAACGAGUAAAGUCAAGUCUUUCUAGAAGCUUCAAGGAAAUACGUUGCAAGGAUAUGGCAUGAUAGUUGGAAGGGGAAGAUGGGUCAAAAGAUUACUUUUUUAGGAUGGGCACGACAGUAGCAUGUUUAAGGGGAACAUAGACAACGCCUGAAGAAAGAGAGCAGCUGAAGAUGUGUGUUAAGCAUGGUACAAGACAAGGAGAGAGAGAUCUGAUAAGGUAAGAAGGUGUGAGAUCAAGUGGGCAAGUGGAGAGGAGAAGUGCAGCCACCUCCUGUUCAGUAGCCAAGUAAAAUGCUUAAAGGGUAGGGAAAGUAUAAUCCAGGUGCAGUUGAAAGAGAAAGGAGCAAAGUGGAAAUUUUUUCUUAACUGUUCAAACUUGUAGGGAAAGUAGCACGCACGCAAAACUAUCGGCCAAAAAGGUUAGUUUGGGAGGUGACUUCAGCAGGGUAAAUGAGAGAGUUAAAGGUAUCAAAGAAAUCCCUGGGAUUGCAGGAGCAUGAACUAAUGAGAGAGGAAAGGUAUGAUUGUUUAGCAAGGGUGAGGGCUGCGAUGUACGGAUGCAAGAUCAAUUUAUAACGGAGAAAGUCUGACAAGGUACAAGACUUCCUCUAGCACUAAGACAGCCACAAGAGCUGUGUUUAACCCUCCAAAAAACAUUGAUGUGCCUAUUAAAUGGCAAUGUUUUAGAUUGCAGGGUUAAAAUUAAAGGAUCAAUGCACCCACUAAUUCAUUGAGAUGAAGUGAUCUGGGUGCCUUUAGUUGUCCUUUAAACAAACCUGAAGAAAAAAAUAAAACAUUAUUAUUUGUGCGGCUAGCUAUUACCAGAGAAUUUGCGGGACUGGUUUGAUUUAGAAUUUUAUUGUGAGCAAGUAUAUCUUUUAAUGAAUUAGAAACUUCAGCAGCCAGCUAACUGAGUUUCCGGCACUGUAUUUGUAUAGUUGUUUGGCAGCCAGCGUUUCGCUGCUCAACAAUGGCAUUGCCUUAGGCAGCCGUAGUGUUAUAAGUGUUUUGGUUUCUGGGAAUUGCUCUAUUUACAUUUUGCCAUUUUCAUAUGUACUACUGGCUAUCAGAAAGACCCCGUUGGGGACUCUUUUCAUUCAUAACCAAGUCUUAACCUUGAUUUCAUCAGCACUGGUCCAUUUUAGUCUUCACAUCAUGUUUUGGGUUUCAUGGGGUGAUUUCCCUAUAUUAUUUCCACACUUCACUAGGCUGUUUACUCAACAAUAUGAUAUCAACAAUCUCGUUAAUACUGUUUUUGCUGUAAGUUCAUGUGACCGUAUAACAUCUUAGAUCAAGACCAACUUUGGACUGGGAUGUAAAAUGUUUAGACUGUUUUAACUAUAAUUGAGAAUUUCUUAAUUUGGCAUGGUUGGGGUUACUGGGUACUGGCAGACAUGAUUAUGUUUAGUUUAAUUUUGUUAUGGUUUAACAGAAAAGGGAAUGUCGGUUUACAUAUUCUACUGUUCAUGAUUGCUUCUCUCCAUUGUAUAAAACUUACUCAUUGAUAUCCAAUGUAUGUCUUGCAUUUCUAUUUGUCUGACACUCUCCAUAAAAAAAAAUGCAUUUGAAAAAACAACCCAUUAUUAUUUAUUUUAUUAUUAUUAUUAUUAUUUGUUUCAUUCUAUUAAUUUGUUUACAUUUUUAUCAUACAAAAUAACCAUGUAUAUAUAUUUAUAUUUCAUUGAAAAAUGUUCUAUCUGUUCUUUAAAAAAAAAACAAUAUAUAUUUUCUUUGGGUAAGGUGUACAUUUUCUGUAAUAAUAUGACUUGAAGCUAGGCAAAAUGCUCACAAUUUGCAUGAACUCCAAUAGGAAACAAAUACAAAACAACGCUGGCAGUCAAGGGUUACAUUUCACCAUAGAUGAAAUAUAUGCAACUCUUCUACACUUUAGGUAUAUCCAACUCUUCUACACUUUAGGUAUUUUUCAGAAUAUUUAUUAAAAAGCGUCUGUGUCUGUGUGUGGGAAGGGGGAGGGGAGGGUGCAAUGCUAGCCCAAAACCUUGUUUGUGGGGCACACUCAGCAAAUGUAUUAUUUAAUAGUGAUGCUGUUGCCGCUUGAAAUGACCACAGUUAUUGUCUAGUGCAUACAUCAGCACAUGCGCAAUACUACUGACCUGCCCGUCACGCCACGGUCGCGGUCCCACAGCGUUAUCACGGGUCAGGUCUAUCUCUAUACUUUCAUUUCGCGCAACUCUUACAGUGCACUGGUUUGCUGUUUAAUUUGUUUAGAAUCUCCCGAACAAGGUUCGUGUUAUUUUUAUCUCGCAUGUCAUGUAUGGUGCAGCUUUCGUAUCAAACUCCCGAACGGAAAUCAAUCGGUUUGUACGCUACCUUCACCUGGAUAUACCACACAAAAGCCUAUGACAGAAAGGGCUUUCAUGCACAUGGUCGCACUAAAGUUAGGAUUUACAGUGCAAUCAAGCUACAGUCUUGACCCCUAGCAGUCUUUCUCGGAAUAGGCAAUUCCAUAUUAAAGGGACACUAUAGUCACCAGAACAACUACAACUUAUUGAAUUUGUUCUGUUGAGUAGAAUCAUUACCUUCUGGCUUUUUGCUGUAAACACUGUCUUUUCAGAAAAAAUGCAGAUUUUACAUUACAGCCUACUGAUAACUUCACUGGCCACUCCUUAGAUGGCUGUUAGAGAUCCAUCCAGGGUCAUGGCUGCCUAAAAUGCAUCCAAACAUUCAGUAUCUCCUCCCUCUGCAUGCAGACACUGAACUUUCCUCAUAGAGAUUCAUUGAUUCAAUUCAUCUUUAUGAGGAGAUACUGAUUGGCCAGGGCUGCAUUGGAAUCAUGCUGGCUCUGCCCCUGAUCUGCCUCCUUGUCAGUCUCAGCCAAUCCUAUGGGGAAGCAUUGUGAUUGGAUCAGGCUACCACUUCUGCUGAUCUCAGCAAGCUGUGGGCAGGUCCAAAGGAAACGGAGCCAGAGCUAGCAGCUCCAAACUUGAAAACAAGGAAGAUUUUGCUAUUUUUGAGGAGGCAAGAGGGGGCAGGGGAGCUAUAUGGUGGUUUUAACCCUAUAGGGUCAGGAAUACAUUUUUGUGUUCCUGACCCUAUAUUGAUCCUUUAAGCAGGGUUUCUGCAUGGUUAGAUUUACUGUAUAUGGUUACAUUGCAUUUUAGAGAUUGUGAUCUCCUCUUGUCUUAACAUGUUCAAUACGGUUUCUGCAUUUUCGGAUAUGAUACGCAUCUUUUGCCAUAUGGUGUCAUUGUAUCUAUGUACUUAUAUACAUUAUUUCCAGUUGAUUAAAUGGUGUAGUUAUUAAAGGGUUUGCAACUAACAUGUUAGGUGCACAUUUGACUUGGGAGAAUCACCAUAUCAGUAAUCAUUACUGUCGAGCAGGUGCAAAGUACCAUACUGCAAUUAACUGCAAACUCUGCACAGCGACUGUUUUAACCCUUUAUGACUUUGUUACAUUGAGUAUCCCUGCAUUUCAUAGCUAAAGCAAAUUGACAUAUAUAUUUUUAAUAAAUUAAUGUUAAUGUUAUUUCUCUUUAUCUUCAAGCUUUCUCAUUAGGUGGGAACAUCUGUUAAUAAUACUGACCGUGCUGACCAGGAUAAUUAUUUACCGCUGGCAAAACCUCCUACUAGCCGGUCAUCUUCUAUAAUUGUACCCUACAACCUACAGUUGCCAAGUCUCAAGGAUCCACCGAACAAUAACUGACAGGGCAAUUUACAUAAAUACUUUUUCUCAUGACAAAGCACCAAUCUCCUAAUGGGAUCCGUCUAGCAUUUAUCUUUCCCAUACAUAUAUAUUGGUUUCUGGAAACACCGUAAUCUAAUUUCUACACUAUUUUACUAACAUCUUAUUGCAUUUUCUAUGCUCUCUACACCGUUGGUCCAGUCAUUUUCAUAGAUCACAGGUUUUUUAUCUACAUCUAUAGGAACUCUGGGACUACCCACCAGUUUGCAGGGCAAUUUUGCUCUUACACUUGGACGGUAUUAUAUUAGGAAUAGGGUCCACGGGUGUCCCCACGAUUAUGUAUCAUACCUCCGACUGGCUGUUUUGUUUUCAUUAUUUAGCUACCAGGUUUUCAAAUACGCCUCUGAAACACUCUUCUGGUGUAAGCCUAUCCUAUAAACAAAUGUCAGGUUCAUAAAUCACUUACACCCUCAUUUCUAUACUACCUCACCCCGGGUUUAUGCUUGAAUGUCAUGUGACAUUGGUCUCUUAUGAUGUACAUAUUCCCGACUCUAGGAAUUGCCCUUCUCGUAUUGGUCCCCCUCAUUCACUUGGGGCCUCAAUUUCACCAUCCAUUACAUUUACUCAUCAUUCGUCUUAUAUGUUCACUUAGAUAAACAUGAUUUCUAUAGGAAGAUUUUACUCAAUUACGCUUCUAAUGCUCACCUUAGCACUUAUGUUACUACUAUGCCAUUUCUAAUAUAGGAAUACUGUGUCGUAUAUGUUUCUAUUUUCAGGGUAGUCCGGGUCUUGGACACUUAACUAGUGAUGAGACGCUAUCACUAGUUUGGUAUAGUACAUUAUCUAAUUCUCGACUUGGUGUUUAUCCUCAUUAAUUAAAUAUACAAAACAGAUAAAUAGGCGCAAAAGAAAAUAAUAUGGAUAGAAUUUAGUAUGCAGCACCUACAAUGAACCCUGGUAAUAAGGUGACCAAAUAAUUACAAGACAGAAAAGUGCUGGUGCGCAAAAAUAUGUGGAGACACCACAAAUGUUUCAAAGUAUUUUUAAACUGUAUCAGCAAUACCAUUAGUGUUAUCGCAUAUAACACACAUGUGUAUACCAGCCCACCUAUGUGAAUAAUAAGAAAUACUGGCUCUGAUUCAGAGUGCACCACGCCGACCAACGAAUUAGUGCUAACAAGCCCUAAAAAAUUACUCUCCUGAUGAUGGCGUGCUGAAACGCCGAAACGCGCGUCGAGUUUACUUUUAUUUUUAUUUAUUUGCUUUGCACUUUUUGGUAGCACAGAUGGAUUAAUUUAUCUUAUUUCACUCUAGUUAUUUUUUGACAGGCAGGGAUUGAGGCUGUGGUAGGCACUUGUGCUUCCUCACAGUGCCGAGGUAAUUUUAGGGACAGCAGACUUCUUACAGGAGCUACUGUCUGGGCUUAGCUUUUGGGUAUUUACUCUACAUUCCCCCCCCUUUUUUCAAAAUUACCUCUGUCUAUCGCAGAUUUAGAAUAUGUGGCAUUUGAACCCUAAGACUAGGCAAUUGUUGGGCAGACCUUUUAGUCAGUAACUGUUUCCCAGGGUCUACUCUGUAUGGUUUAUUAUCACAUUUCUCUCUACCUGUCCUGUUUUGUGUUUCCUUAGGAUUAUUAAAAGGUAGGGACCCCCAUCUUUUCUCCUCUCAUUACUCUUCCACUUAGGACUCUUUUAGUCCUAUUUUUUUGUUUUACGUUUUACACCUAUGUGAAUAUACUUAUAAACUGCUGGAAUAUACACAUGUUAAUCUGUGAUGCCGAUACAAUUAUAAGUUUAAAGCAGUAAUAUGUCAGGUACUGUAACGGAUCGACUAGCACCCCGACUGGGUACCUCCGUUGAAGGAUGCUCCUAGCGCUUCCUGAGGACUCCAAGCACUGCAGCAGACACCACAAUCACCGAACCAGAGAAGCGUAUACCUUCUCUCAAGCAUAUGAAUGCUGUAGACAGUUGAAUAGGAACCAUACGAAUAGGUUUACUCUCCUAGCAGUCAAACUGGAACAGCAUACAAUAAAUCCUUCCCCAAUAAUGAGACGACACUUCACUUUGAGGGUUAAAACAGGAACUCCCUGUACUGUCACAUACAGUCUCUUUUAUUCCCAAUCCACAAACAUAGUACAGCCCACAGGGCGUUACAAAACAGCCAAUCAAUCCAUACAAUACACCCAGACACUCCCACACAAAAUCCUCCCCUCUGGCUGUGAUAUGAUUACUGAACACAAUGGGUAAUCCAAUUAUCACAGCCAGAGAAAUACAGUUUCAUAAAACACAUCACAGGGACCCCAAAACAUGCAAUAACCCCAUAAAAAUAUCCUUGGAACUGGGGGAUCUGGGUAAACCACAUAUCCAAAAUUCACCCAGAUCCGUUCAGUACUUUGGAAAAUACAGUUUAAUGCAGAUUCUGCAGAACAUAUACAGGCUAAAUAAAAAACAAUCACUGUAUAAUGUGUCCCCUGCUGUAUAGUCCAAAACCACCGCACGAUGUCUCUGUGCAACAAAUACUGGCGAGAUGGCACCGUGUUGAAAAGUCCACACAGUGUCUGUGAGUUAAAAUGGCCGCCAUCCAUUGUUCCCACCAUGUGCUUCUGAUACAGGAAACGGUGGCCACCCAGUAACUCCACAGUAUGUCCCCAGAUGGUUCUUAAAAGGGCUAGCAGCAGCACAACACAAAUCCAUUAUGCCCAAAUCAUGUCUUUAAAGGGCAAUACAUCCCAGGGGCCAUAGUCACAUGGCAGGAGGCUGGCAAUCAGUCUUCUCCAAUGCCCAGUGGCGAGGUCGGUUUCGUCACAGGUACUAUGAGGUAAAGGUAAGUUCCUUUAUAGUAACAAGUAUUAAGUCAUGGGGUGUUAAACUUACUUUUCCAAGGGGCUUUUAUAUUUACGCUGACCCUCGCUAAGUCCUCAAUUCCUCAAUAUGCAUUCAAGCAUGUGUUACAUAAGUCCAUAUUAAGUACGUGUUCCAGUAUGUUCAAGAUAUCCAAGAGGAUAUAUUGACUUUCUGUCCUACUAUCUGUUUUUAGCAGUGUUACAUCUAUAAGUGAAUUCACAAAGAACAAGUUGCGAUACCACGAUUAUCAGUUUUAUUGUUAUAUUAUCAUAAUUGUUAUGCUAACAUGUCAUCAUGCCACUUCUCCUUAUACUCAUUGAAGCCACUAUGGCUCGCCAACAAUGGUUUAGUUAACUGUUUCUACAACUAUGUUUUGAUCACUCAGCGAAAUUCACUACUGAUAUAUUCAGCUGAUGGUUGGCUUCCAAACACUUGUUAGCCUAAAUACAAUUCUACUGCAAUUAUCUGCCCAAUUGUUAUUGUCUAUGUAAACUCUAUUCAUCAAAUAUUUUGCUUGAUACUGAUCCUAGUUACUUAAAAUUUCUGGUUAUCCCAUAUUGCUACUCUUCUGUUGCUCCACGUAUUAUACUCACAGUUAUUUCUCCCAUAUAUAUGUUGGUUUUAUCACAGUGACCCUUGCUAUAUUCAUCAUCAAUCAUUGCUAUGUUAUAUGACCCUGGUUUAGUCGAAUUGCUUAUAUUAAUUUUGUUCUACGGCAUUCCCCCAGUCAGCUACGGUUUGAACCCCUCAAUUUUGCAAGGCAUAUAUUGGUUUAGUCUCUUAUUUAUUUACUACAUUACCUUAGUCAUUGUAUGGAUCACAUGUAUGGCAGAUUACAGAUUAUCAAUUUGUACACGGUAUUCCUUCUCCAUGUUAUAAGGUAUUGCAAGAUGGGACCCUUAGUGGUCUCCCAGUGAUUGCUGUCCCCUAAGUCUCUCCACUCAUUUGCCCUUAUAUCUGACUACUCUUAUACUCAUCUCUUACUCCAUAUACGGUCUUUUUGCCCCUAACACAACUGUAAGAAUAAACCUGAAGAAAAUGUCUGAUGUGUAUUGAUGUUUGUAACUGACACACAGAAGAAUUAUAGCAUAGAUGUAGAUCUAUACAAUAUGACGAGCCACCCAACAAGAAGAAAAAAGAAGAUAUAUACAAGACUUAUUUAAAUCACAUUCAAUCACAGAGAGUGCAAUGUUAUUACAAUCACCUUUUAAGCCUGUUAGACAUACAGGGGAAAAGGGGUAUUCAAUUGAUUUGUCAGGUGAAAAUAAGGAUAUCAGUGUCAGUGUCAUAGCAGAAGCUGCAUGCCUAAAUCUGUGUGUGAAUUUUAUGCAUAUUUGUAUCUGUAUUUGAGUAUAUAUUCUAGAAUUUGUCACAAAAUCAAGCAGUGCUCUAUAUCUGCCCCUGUCCAAAGGUGAAGGUGAUGAGAUACUUUGAGAAUUAAUUUAAUCUCACUUCAUAUCUUGUGAAUUAAAAUCAUGUUUUCACAUGCAAUAGUAGUGUAGCUUUAUUUUUCAGCAAAAAAUCUUCACAAUAAAUCAGUUUUUUUUUUUUUAAUUUUACAGAAAUGACAGUCCGUCUUGUAGGGCCAGAUCCUUGCGAAGGCCGUGUGGAAAUUUAUUAUGGAAAUGCUUGGGGCACAAUUUGCUCUGGAAAUUGGGAUAUUGCUGAUGUAGAAGUAGUAUGCAGAGAGUUGAAUUGCGGAGCACCAGUGGAUGCAUCUACAAAUGGGAAAUAUGGACUAGGCCCCCCUUACAGUGGCCUGACAUAUUUUCAGUGCAGUGGUAAAGAAAGUGAGCUAAUGAGUUGCCCAUACACCAUUCUGCCACACAGCCAUUCAUUUACAUCUGACUCAGGGGCCAAAUGUUCAGGUAAGAAUUUCUAA